AUGGCUCACCACAAUCAGGUAAGAAUUUCUCAUUAUUUGCAUUUCUUUCUCUCUCUCUCUCUGCUUAUAUGAGGUUAGAUACUGGUAAGGCUUGGCCAUAGCUACUGGUGGGAAAAGCUGCUAUUCGUAUAACACAUGGUGGAUAAUAUGAAGUUCCAAUGUAAAACAAGAAUGUCAAGAGUUAUAAACUUAAAUGAAGUUUAUAACCAGGCUGUAUAUAUGUACAUACAGAAAACAUAAUGGUUGUGAUGCCCAUAAAUAUGUUAGCAAAAUCUAUAUUUAAUUCCAUAAACUGAACAUAUAUCAAAAGAAUAUAACCACACCAUGUGAAAAACUAUGUAGUAAUCUGAAUAAAAUGAAGCUUUUUGUACAGUGCAUGAGGUGUUUUUAUACUUCUUCCAUCAUAUUCUUUAGAUAAUUUAAAUGCCUGCAUAAGAUGUUCUUAAUGUCCUUCAAUCAGACUUUCUGGAUAAGUGAAAUGCAAAAUGCAUUUUGGUGUUCUAUGCUUCUCCAGUGGACUAUUUUGUUAUGCAGCAUCAUUUAUGUAUAAGUUCAGUCUCUCACUUUAAUUUAUUUUUAUAAAAAGAAUGUACAGUGUUUAAGAACAGCUUAGUUUGUGAACAACUUGGAUUAAGAACGCUGCAAACCCGGAAGUAGGUGUUUUGGUUUGUGAACUUUGCCUUGGAAUAAGAACAUGUUCCGCUUCCUGUUGAGUGUGUUCCAUUUGUAAAUUGAGUCCCCCACUGCUAUGGGAAAGCACGCCUUGGUUUAAAAAUGGACUUCUGGAAUGGAUUAAGUUCGUAAACCAAGGUACCACUGUGAUUAAAUUCCAAAUACAGGCAAUGACCAAUUUAAGCACUUUUCAUUGACUCGUGACUGUGCACACACACAUUGCGUCAAACCUGGACAUCACUAGAAAAAUGCAAAAAUGGCCAUAAAAGAGCCCAGAAAGUAAAAAAAAGAGGCACAAAACAAUGCCAAGCAAUCCUAGGAGCCCUUGCACUGACUGUCAAGGCAUGUGGAGAGUUGAAGUUUGAGCAAGGAGGUUUAGAGGGAGCAAUUAUGGUGGAAUUUGGCAGUGUUUGGAGAUUAUGCAUAAUGGCCAGACAAUGUACAAAGGUCACUCAAUCUAUGCACAUUCCCCUAGGCCUGCUGGAGCCUUUAUAUAUAUUAACCAGGAAAUGUGCACAAUUUCCUCUUCAUGGAUUAUGUGCACAUUCUCUAUGAUGCCUUGUAAAUCUGCACAAUUGUCUAGUUGUUAUGCACAUUAACUGCUCAAUUUAUAUUCCCCUUAUAUGUGUGUUUGUUUUGAUCAGGAAGUUUUUGCAGAGUCCUAAGCUACAAACUAUUUUUUAAACAGUUAUUUCCCCCUCUCUUUUAGGAAACAGCACCUUCCUAUGAAAUUAAACAAAUGACUAUUCCAACAGCUCUCUGGAGCAGUGGAAACGACUUGCUUUCAACCCCAAAGGAUGUUGCCUGGUUGCUGCCUCAGGCCCCAAACUUAUUUUACCACAAGUUUAUUCCUGACUGGGAACACAUGGAUUUCUUCUUGGGCCUUGAUGCCCCACAGCGCUUGUAUGAAGAGAUAAUUGAGUUUAUGCAGAAUUAUGAGUGAGUUUGGGAUCCUGAAAUAGUCCUCCAAGAAACCAGCACUAUGAGUCUGUGAUGAUGAGUGAAACUGCUACUACUUUGAAAAAUUCACCAUGGAAAGAAAUCCCUAUGUUUAUAAAUGCAAACACUAUUACUAAGCUGUCUAUGCAAAGUACAGAAAUCCCUCAGGAAAUAACAUUUAUGCACCACAUAUAAUUAUCUAAACCCAUGCAUCUUUAGUGGAGGUAUUUCCUGUUUUCCCUCUUUCACUACAACUUAUUCACAAAGCUUCCCAAGCUACAAAAAAGUGGAUAAAAUAAAAAAGGAAGCGUUUAGACCCAAUUUUGCCCCUUCUAAACUCAAACAGAGGUUUUACAAGUCUCCUUUUUCAUUCACAAAAAACCAUGUCUCUCAGCUGUGUGACUCUUUCUUCAGCCGCUUCAAAGGCCCCUGAAAUUAUCCAUUUAUUUAUGUUAAUUCUGGGGUCUUUCAAACUAAAUCUCCUUUUCCCUUUUUUUCAGUUUCUUCCAAAAGCCCACCUCUUAAUCCAUAUAUAAAUAAAAGUAAAUUACACCUGCUCCAGUUUAUAUCUAGUCCCCGUCAGAUCCAAAUAAAUAAUAAUAAAGAUAAAUUAACCAUCUAUCUUGAUGGCAAAAAAAGCAGAAAACAGACAAAAUUCAAUUCAAUCCCGCAGUGUCAGUGUCUUUUAAAUUGUAAAAAAGGAGCAAAGGAAAUAAAAAAUAGUCCUUAGAAUAUAUAUUAAAAACACACACAAUAUCAACAUCCCGCUUUCUUCUCUUUCCCUCUACAAUAUUUAGAAUUCUUUCCAGUUUGGCUCUCUUGUUAGAAAAUAUUUAUAAAGUCUAAAAAUUCUGCAUCCAGUGCUUUAGGCAAAUCACAGAUUAAACUCAGCUCAUUGCCUGGAAUGCUUGUUAAAAAUAACCAUUAGCCAGUAUUUUUCUCAUACUUAAUUUAGUCCCUGCAGAUUUUUUCCAUGCAGAUAAAUACUCACAGCUGGAGGGGGGGAGGUUUUGGAGGCCCUUAAGGCAGUUUGCUGUGGGUCUCGAUCGCGCUGUGUGUCUGUGCUCAAUCUUGGAUCUCCCCUGGCUCCCUUGGAAGUUUUGGGAGCUCCUAGAGAGCGUCCUUUGACACUGCUGGACCCUUUGGAACCCAAACUUUUCCUUCGGACUUUUUUGAGGAGGUGCUUUGCCUGAGAACCCUUCCCGCUUCCUCACAGCAAUCAGGAUGCUCAGAGCGAGUAGUCUGCCUGUAGACCCGGAAGUGCCUUUAAUGGAGGCAUCGAAACAUAAGUGGACUUCUCAUCACAAAUAGUAGUCAUGGAGAAGGGAAAUGACUUGCCCCUAAUUUUGCACAGUAAUGUAUAUUGGAAGGUAUAUCUUCCCAAAUAUCAUGCAGGGUAGAGUGGAGAUAAGUUCCUUGCUAGCACCUGUGGUAUUGUAUUGAUGAUGUGCAAACUAUUUUAAUGAAAUUUUUCUGAAACAUGAUCUUGGAUUGAACUAAAUUUUGCUCAGAGAAGUAUUGAAAUUAAUUACCAUGACUAAAUUGAAUGCCACCCCACUGGCCAUAACACAGUUAGGAAGACCAGCUCUACAUUCAAGUGUUCAAAAACACUAAAUCUGCAUCCUAAAAGCAACCUGACAUGUCACAGUUACUGAAAGACUGGCACCUUGAGACUAAGCACAAUUGGAAAUAAUUUUUGAAAUAUGCACUGAUAUCAGUCCCUACUUGUUGGAAUGCAGGUUUUGUGCAUGUAUUAGAAUGCUGCCUUCCAUGGUAGAACACCUGCUUCACACCUAGGAGGCUCCAUGUUCUGCCUAUAGUAUCUCCAGGUGGGAUCAGGAAAGAGCCCAUUGUGAAGCCCUGGAGAACAUCUGCCAGUCAGUGCAGAGCAGUGGUGGGGAAGUGGAUGUGAUCAGGAGGCUCGGGCCUUAUCUUCCCCAACUGUCAAUCACCUGACGUCACAAUCCUGUGAGGUGAUCCAGCUGAUUGUCAUGGCUUGCAAAACUCCGUGUGUAGCAAUAUGCCAAUUCCAGCAAUCGGCUUAUAGCGAGGCUUUCCAAAGAGUGCCAAUCUCUGCUAAUAUCUUUGUUCUAGCAAUGUCUGAACCUGUGUACAUCUUCGGGCGUUAACUUUAUUAGAGUAAUAUUUUCAAGACUGAAAUGUUGUGAAUAGUUUUCCUUUACUUGUUCUGCAGAACUAACUUAUGGGAAGCCACUUUUUGUAACUUCACAGCUCUACAUGUUUGCAACUUGUACUUUGUUCUUUAAAGGCAUACCUGCACUUGAUGAACUAUUUUAAUGAAGCUUCAAAAAAACAUGAUUUGGAUGGUAUUGAACUAAGUUUUACAAAGUUACCAUGUUAUCAUUAAUUACCAUGUUACAAAGUUAUCAUUAAUUACCAUGACUAAAUUGAAUGCUACCCACUCUAGAUUCAGAGUAUCCCAGAACAAUAAAGCUGAAAUCUGAAAGCAACCUGAUGACUUAAAAGCUUGCACCUUCAGAUGAAACACAAUUGGAAAUGAGUUUCAAUACCUGCAUUGAUAUCCGUUCCUACUUGUUGGACUGCAAGUUCUGAGCAUGUAUUAGACUACUGUCCUCGGUGGCCCUUAGCUCAGUAGUAGAGCACUUGCUUCACUCCAAGGAGGUUCCAUGUUCUGCCUGUAGUAUGUCCAGGGAGGCACAGGAAAGAGACACUUUGGAAACCCUGGAGAACUGCUGCCAGUCAGCGUAGGAGGCUGUGAAGGUCCUGUGUGAGUGCCUGGAGGCAGUUGGAGGAUGGAUGGCGGCUAACAGAUUGAGGUUGAAUCCUGACAAGACAGAUGUACUGUUUUCAGGGGACAUGGGGCAGGCUGGUGUGGAGGACUCCCUGGUCCUGAAUGGGGUAACUGUGCCCCUGAAGGACCAGAUGUGUGUAUCAAGGAUUUUAAGGUACCAGUGACCAACUCAAAUAGUGUCCAAGAAUUGACAGACGCAGCAGUGGAGAAAAAGAAAGUGAUGUUUAUUGCUGAGCAAUAAUUGACCCAGUGGAAUCCUUUCCAAAAGACUGGGCUCUAGCGCCCAGAGGCUUUAUACCUGAUUGCAUACAUCAUAGAUCAUGACAUAAUCGGACACAAUCACAAACGGCAGCAAAAAUAAACAAAUGAGCGCAUUCAAGCUUUGCUCCCUGAUCAUGUAAAGACUUCCCUCCCAACUUCUGCUUUUACAGUCUGAACAUGCAGUUUUAACCUUUCCCCCAGAUUUAUGGCAAGAAACAGAAACUUAAGGCAAAAAGAGAACUUCUGCUGUUGUGCUCCUACACGACCAUCUGCUAUACUGGGACAUACUGGGGUUAGCAUCAGUUAGCAUCAUCCUGUUUAGCUGCUCAGGACCCUGUCUGGUACAGGGGGGGAAGUGCCAGCACAUCAGAUUUAUUGCUUCCCCCCCUUUUGUUCAGUGAGACAUCAAAGAGAACAAGGGAGGGUACUAGGGCAGAGUUCACUUAGGACCUUUCAGCUCUAAGUAGUUUGCUAUAAGCUAAGCAGAAGCUUUCACGAUUCAAACAUGGUUUAUAUAAAAUCAUCAUAGAAAUAUCUGGUUAUAUAUAUAUAUAUAUGGAUAACUGAUAACUGAUUAUAUGGAUAACUGAUUAUAUGAAAAGCAUAAGGGUAAAAUUCCUCCAGGUCCUGCUUCAGUGAAGCCUGGGAGUCAUUUUGGACUCACAGCUGUGCAUGGAGGCGCAGGUCAAUUCUGUGUCCAAGGCAGCUGUCUACUAGCUCCAUCCAGUAUGCAGGAUGAGAUCCUAUCUCCCCACAGACUGUCUCACCAGAGUGGUGCAUGCUCUAGUUAUCUCCCGCUUGGACUAAUGCAAUGCACUCUACGUGGGGCUACCUUUGAAGGUGACCCAGAAACUAUAAGCAAUCCAGAAUGCGGCAGCUAGACUGGUGAGUGGGAGUGGCCACCGAGACCAUAUAACACCGGUCCUGAAAGACCUACAUUGGCUACCAGUAUGUUUCUGAGCACAAGUCAAAGUGUUGGUGUUGUGUUGGUGUUGACCUUUAAAGCCCUAAAUGGCCUUGGCCCAGUAUACCUGAAGGAGCGUCUCCACCCUCAUUGUUCAGCCCGGACACUGAGGUCCAGCGCCGAGGGCCUUUUGGCAGUUCCCUCACUGCGAAAAGUGAGGUUACAGGGAACCAGACAGAGGGCCUUCUUGACAGUGGCACCAGCCCUUUGGAUUGCCCUCCCAUCAGAUGUCAAGGAAAUAAACAACUAUCUGACUUUUAGAAGACAUCUGAAGGCAGCCGUGUUCAGGGAAGUUUUUAAUGUUUGAUGUUUUAUUGUAUUUUUAAUAUUCUGUUGGAAGCCGCCCAGAGGGGCUGGGAAACUCAGCCAGAUGGACCGGGUAUGAAGCAGAAGAAGAAGAAGAAGAAGAAGAAGAAGAAGAAGAAGAAGAAGAAGAAGAAGAAAUUAGAGCAGUGGUGGGAAAUGGAUCUGAUCCACAGGCUGGAAUCUUAUCUCCUCCAUCUUUCAAUCACCUGAUGUCACAAUGAUGUGAGGUGAUCCUUUUUCUGCACAUCUGCACAUCUUAAGGUAUUAACUAUAUUAGAGUAAUGGUCACAAGACUGAAAUGGUGUGAAUAGGGUUUGUUUGUUUUUUUACUUAUAUUGCAGAACUAACUUAUGGGAAGCCACUUUUUGUAACUUCACAAAUCUAUAUAUUUGCAUCAUGAACUCUGUUCAAAUGAUUGUACCUGGGUUGUUUUUUUCUUGCAUUGAUGAACUGAAGUGCAUUUUUCCAACUGCUGCACAGAGAUGAAAUUCACAGCUGAAAAUGGGGACCAUAAAAGUGAGAAUUCUUCAUAAUCCAUGAAUAAAAUAGCAUUUAAAAAUGGUUUGGUCUGUGGUUUGAUUUUUAAAUCAUUCUAACUACUUAGUUUAUGAAACUCUUCCCUUAAAUCUAUGCACAUUUUUUAAUCUCCAUUGCAAUUCAUCUUCUGACCUAGUGAGUAAAUCACACCAUGCCAAAGGCUCCCCGGUAAGCGUAUUAGAGUAGGAGGAGAGGUCAACUUGUGGGUUAAUAACUGUUAAGAAACAGGAAGAAAAGAGUAGGAAUAAAUGGAUUCAAAAUGAUCUCUUCAAAGAGGCAGUGAAAUGGUAAAGGCAUUUCAAUCCAAGCAAGUGUAAACUGAUACACACUGAAGCAAAUAAAACAAAAUCUUAAGUUUACAUAUAUAUGCUCAAAGGAUCUGGAGUCAAAGAAGUGAUCUUGCAUGCCAUCUGAUGGAAUCUAGUUAAAUUACAGCUUGCAAAUUUAAUUUCUGAAAUUGCGACCCCUGGUCGACAGAAAAAGAAAUUAUUGUUUAAAUUUGUGUUUAGUGCUUAUAAUGGCAGGGAAUAAAGGUGUAGUUACACCAGGGGGAAGAAGGCCAUCAAGACAAGAGGAGGGGAAGGAUGGGGACAAGAGGAGGGGAAGGAUGGGAAGGCCAGCUCUAUCUGGUGACAGCGGAUAGCAUCAACUUGCUUAAUAUAAUAGCUUGUUUCAGAGAGAUAUUUGGAGUUAAGCAGAAACUGGCAACAUUGUUAGAUUCAAAAGGCAAUAGGAACUUCCCAAUCUAGGAUCUUUCUAACUACGGGUUUUGCAUAUCCUGUUACAUUGUCCCUCAAGAUAGAUGGAUGCUCACAAACCCUUCUCCCAACAUGCUGAGCUGGCAAUUUUUCUGCCAGUUUCCCACAAUACAAGAAUGCUGACUUUUCAGGUUUAAAUUUUCUGCUGAUGAGGGACCUGCUUGUAAUGAGCCAUUAGGUAGCCUAAACCCUCUGGGGGGAAAUGGGGGAAAAAACCCACCCCACGAGGCUUUCACUUUCACCUAGAAUGGACCAUCUCCUGAAUUGCAAACUUCUCUGCUUUCCAAAUACACACUGGUACAUAAGUUAACUUCCAUGCAUACAAACAUCACAUUUUAUGCACACCAAACCUUUAACCUGAGCACUUUAAAAGAAAAUGUAUAUCUCAGAUGUCAAAGGCCAGGGCAAAAAGACAUGUCUUCACCAUAUGAUGCAAACUAUACAAGUAAGAUGGCAGAUGCACUUUUGUGAGGAAUAGAAGCUGCCAGAGAGAUUGUCCUCUGCUAGGCACUCACCACCCCGAACCUCUGCUACCAAGCAGGCCCCAUCUGCUGAGAUUAAUAUUUGCAAGGAUAUGUAGGGAAAGACAUGAUAUUUCAGAUAUUCUGGGGCCUAAUUCAUUCUGUGCUUUAAACACUAAUGUUGGCACCUUGAAUUGGGUCCAGAUGUCUGUACCCAUGUGUUUUAAAACAGGUUGUAUACGCAAUCUUAGCCAAUAUCCUGACUGCUUCCUUUUGUAAAGUUGAGGUUUCUGAAUCAUCUUCAGGGGCAGCCUAUGUAGCACAGAUUGAAAUAAUCCAGGAUAAUCACUAAACAAUAAGUCUAUUCCUUUCAGGAGACUGCAACUCCAUCUUGAACAGUCCAUCUUCACACUUUCCAGACUGGAGAACUUGAAACACGCAGCACUUAUGUUCUUUCAGAAUUCAGUUUUUUAAAAACUGAUCCACAUCCUGCCUGUCACUGUCUCCAAAUACUGGUCUAGCACCUCAAUGGGUUCUUGGGUCCUCAUGCCAUUAUGAUAUUGGGAGCUUUAUCUACAGCCCCUUUCCUAAUGAUCCCCAGCAUGAAAUCCACCUUUUCCCCCUUCAAAGCAGCCACACACUGGGUCAACAUCUUUAGCAAGCGAUCUACUAUCCCCAUGAUCUCAAUCACUGUCAGGACAGACCCCAGGAGCUUAUACAGUAUAUGAAAUUAAGAUUUCCUGUUUCUUAGCAGUUUCCAAUCCACAAGAGGAUCUCUUCUCCUACUCCCUGAGUGCUCUGCUUACUUGGGAGACUUUGGUGUGGUUUUUCUGUUUGCUUUUUACUCAUCAGGUCAGCAGAUGAAUUGCGAUGGCAAAUGAAAAGAGAGCAUAGAUCCAAGGAAAGAGUUUCGUAAGAUUCGUACAACUGUUGAGUUGGAAGGGACCAUGGAGUACAUCUCGUAAAACCCAGGAAUCUUUUUGCCCAGUAUAGGGCUCAAAAGCAUGAUCCUGAGAUUAAGCAGGUUUAUCAAGGCUCACUUGCGUGAACUCAGUGGAAAUGACUUCUGAGUAGGUUGGAAGUUGAGCAAGGGAAAAUUCCAUCUCAUCAUUACAUUAAAUUUUUUUCUUCUCACCAGGUAGGCAUUGCUUGUAACUGACAAACAGUGGCAUGCUAUUUAAGCAACCUGUAAUUUCUUCCUGUGGAAUAUAAUGAAGUGCAUCUCAUCGACAGUUGCUUCAAUCUAGCUCUGUGGAGCAGGAGUCAUAUAUCUGUGCUGGAAUAUGGAUUUGUUUUCAGGCAAGUCAAGGAUGUGGCUCUUCAUAUUGGGGGCAGGCCUUGUCCUAGUCCUCCUUACAUCAGAAAUAUUUUUUAAAAGAAGAAAAGUAAAUCCAGAAGCUACUAUGAAUAUUGUAAGCCAUUAACCUUUUCUUUCCUGUCUUCUUACCUCAAGGAAUCUUUGGUAAUAAGUGGUGCUUAAUGGUGCUAUACUCCAUAUAACUGAAGUUCAUUUUUUUAAUGGGCUGCUGGGAUUUUAGAGGGCAAGAAAGUAUUUAUUAUUCUUUUAUUUUGAAUACAUACUUUGUCUUGCCAAUGCAUCAUUGCUCAGCAUAGCUUACAAUGUUUUCUUUAAAAGAAUAAGCAGCCUAAAGUAGUUCCCAGCUUGUGCUUCAUGGAACGCCAAUGCUCUGUGAGCUUCAUUUAGUUGCUCCAACAGUGGCAACUUUAGCAUCUUGCAGAGUUCCUUAUAAUUGCUCAACUGCAAGAAGAAAAAUAUUUAAGUGGUACCCCAAGACCCUUAGCAACAGAAGACUCCCUUCAUUUCUAAUUACGCCAGAGGGAGGCAGGAAAUCAAUUCUUAGAUUUCUUUUGAACUGGCAAACAACUGAUUGUGUUUGACACAUUCACAAUCUUACUACUUUAACUGGCUUUUCACCUAUCUGCGUACUCUAGUUACCAAUUGUUUUCUGUGAAAAUAAGUGUUUAGGCAUUUUUUAGUCACUUUAUAACCUUCUCAACCAAACUCUCUCGGUCUUGCAGAGCGAAAUUAUUUCUUUCAGAGGAUAUCCCAGUGAGGAAUAUGAAGUGGUGACAGAUGAUGGGUAUAUCCUGAGUAUUAACAGAAUUCCUCAUGGGAAAAGAAAUCAGUCAAACAAGGGUGAGUUUGUGUUUGGAGUUAUAAUUUGUGUGUGUGCAUAUAUACAAAUGUUCAAUAGUGUGGGGAAUUUUCAUUAUAAUUAUAAUAUGACAAUUCCUUGCUUUGCAAAAGUUUGCAAAUAUGACAAUUCCUUGCUUUGCAAAAGUUUGCAAGAACACAUAGUGCAUUUGUUUGGUAAUGUGUGACUAUUCUUAUGAUUUCUGAGUGUGUCCUUGUUCUAUUUUUCCUAUAAAUUUGAAAGAGAUGGGCCGUAUAAAUUGAUGAGGUCAAGCAUAUUUUACUCUUUUCCUGAGCUAUUAGAGAAAUGGAAAAGUAUGGUGGCAGGGAGAAAGGGAAGCUAGAGUAAGUGGUUCACAGUCCAUGUUGACUGCAAGUCAUGAAUUGGUUGUGAUAUUUUUUAUUUAAUUUAGUUUUUCGUGGGAGUUGAUUUAGUUUCAAAAUAGUAGUAAUAAUAAUAAUAAUUUAUUAUUUAUACCAUGCCCAUCUGGCUGGGCUUCCCCAGCCACUUUGGGAGGCUUCCAAAAAAAUAUUAAAAUACUGUAAUACAUCAAACAUUAAAAGCUUCCCUAAACAGGGCUGCCUUCAGAUGUCCUCUAAAAGUCUGGUAGUUGUUGUUCUCCUCAACAUCUGGUGGGAGGGCGUUCCACAGGGAGGGCGCUACUACCAAGAAGGCCCUCUGCCUGGUUCCCUGUAACUUGGCUUCUCGCAGUGAGGGAACCGCCAGAAGGCCCUCGGUGCUGGACCUCAGUGUCCGGGCUGAACGAUGGGGGUGGAGACGCUCCUUCAGAUAUACUGGACCGAGGCUGUUUAGGGCUUUAAAGGUCAGCACCAACACUUUGAAUUGUGCUCCGAAACGUACUGGGAGCCAAUGUAGGUCUUUCAAGACCUGUGUUAUGUGGUCUCAGUGGCCGCUCCCAGUCACCAGUCUAGCUGCCACAUUCUGGAUUAGUUGUAGUUUCCGGGUCACCUUCAAAGGUAGCCCCACGUAGAGUGCAUUGCAGUAGUCCAAGCGGGAGAUAACCAGAGCAUGCACCACUCUGGCGAGGCAGUCCGCAGGCAGAUAGGGUCUCAGCCUGCGUACCAGAUGGAGCUGGUAGAAAGCUGCCCUGGAUGCAGAAUUGACCUGUGCCUCCAUGGACAGCUGUGAGUCCAAAAUGACUCCCAGGCUGUGCACCUGGUCCUUCAGGGGCACAGUUACCCCAUUCAGGACCAGGGAAUCCUCCACACCUGCCUGUCUCCUGUCCCCCAAAAACAGUACUUCUGUCUUGUCAGGAUUCAACCUCAAAUAGUGUUUUUUAUCUGUUAAUAGUUCGUAUUUUAUUCUCGGUUUCUUCCCGUUCCAUAUGAAUCUUGCCAUAUCUCUUUUCCAUUCCUGAAAACACUUCAUCCCUCCCAGUAUCGGAAUUGUUUGAAAUAAAAAUAUCAUUUUGAGAAGUAUAUUCAUCUUAACUACCGAGAUUCUGCCCCAUAGAGAGAGUUGUAAUCUUGUCCAGUUUUCCAUAUUUUCCUUAACCUCUUUCCAUACUUUGGUGUAGCUAUCUUCAUAAAGUUUAAUACCCUUUGUUGAUAUCCAGAUCCCUAGGUAUUUUACCUUGCCUUUAAUCGCUAAUCCUGUCAGCUGUUGUAUUUCUCUCCCCCCUCCAUAUUUAGAUUUUUAGUUAAUAUCUUAGUUUUUUGGUAGUUUACCUUCAGACCUGCCACUUUUCCGUAUGCUUUAAUUACUUCUAGUGCUUCUGGGAUACAUUCUUUUGGGUUUUGUGUUGUUAUUAUCAAGUCAUCCACGAAUGCUCUAACUAUAUGAUUUUUUCCCAAUUGUAAUUCCUUUUAUCUUUUCUAAGAUUUUGCAACAAAACUUCCAAAGCUAAUAUAAAUAACAGGGGUGAAAGGGGGCAACCCUGUCUUGUCCCCUUUGUAAUUGGAAAUUCUUCAGUCAUAUUUCCAUUUAUAAUUAACCGUGCUUUUUGUUGUUGGCAUAUCUCUUCUAUUGCCUUUCCCAUUUGCCCUUCUACUCCCAAUAUUUCUAGUUGUUUUUUCAUAAAAUGCCAGGAGACGUUAUCAAAUGCUUUUUACGCAUCCAGCAGGAAAGUGCUGCUUUUUUAUCAGUUUUAAAUUCUAAAUAUUCCAAAAUAUCUACAAUAUUCCUGGUGUUACUCAAUAUUUGUCUCCCUGGUAAGAAACCCGCUUGAUUGGGGUGUAUUAUUUCUUUUAAUAUCUCUUUUAAUCUAUUUGCAAUUAUUCCAGCAAAAAGUUUAUAGUCACAAUUUAGUAAAGAUAUUGGUCUGUAGUUGGGCAUUAGUUCAAGAGAUAUGGCGAGAUUCAUAUGGAACGGGGAGAAACCGAGAAUAAAAUAUGAACUAUUAACAGAUAAAAAACACUAUUUGAGGUUGAAUCCUGACAAAAUAUUGAUUUCACUUUUAGGGCUCUAGUCAGAAAGUGGUAUUUGUCUCUUUUUCUUAGUAAACGUAGUGGGACUUCUUUCAUUAUUAUGAUUUCUUCUCCUUCAGUUCUGAAUUUCUUUUUCCUUCUUGUUUGUAGGAUCUUGUAUAAAGGGUAAUGUCUUGGCAGACUUAGACUGAGCCUUGUAGUAUAUAAAGCUAAUUGACAAUUUACAUAGAAAUAUGAUUAAAAAAUAAAAGAAAUAAGUAACUGUGCGGUAAAAGUGUAUUUAACAGAUAAUGUACAAUGAGAAUGUUUGGAAGUCUUUGUAAAACCUCAACUACCUUUUCUUCUUUUUUAUUUUAUUUUUAUUUUUUUCAUUUUCUUUCUUUUCUUUCUUUUUUCCUUUUUUCAUAAAUUGUAGUGUCAUGUGUAGUGUGAGGUAUACAAUGUAUCUUUGCUUCAGUUGCUAUCAUUUUCUUUUUUGUUACAAAUAAAAAUAGAGAGUGUUGUAUAAAUGUAUAUUUUUAAAAAUAAAAAAAUAAAAACUGAAAUGACUUAAAAGUUAAAUGCAAUUAAAUAGACAUUUGGUGCUUCUAUGGCAGGUUGCUGGAAUGUAAAAGACUUUUACGUCUUUUACAAAUAAGUAAAAACAAUAAAAUAUUUCUUUGGAGGGAGGGACCUCUAAUUUUUCAUAUUACAUUCAGGAGUGAUUUAUUCCAGACAUGUGAAAUUGCUGGCCAUGCAUGCUCUGUGCCCCAAGUUUAUAGUGGGUGAUAUGCAGUAGCUUCCAGUGAAAUGGCAUGUGUGGGGUACCAUUGCUCUCCUGAUUUCCCAACACUUCACUUCACUGGAGCUCAUUGAGAGGAAGAGGGGAGGUGCAAAGUUGGGGGAGCUUGUCUUGGUAUGGCAUGCAGAGAUGGGAGAAUUGGAUUGGCUGUGCCAAUAUGCACAGCUUCCUUCCCUCUCCCUCUCCGUAAGCACCAGAAACCCAGUUUGUUGGGAAGCCACGAGAGCAACAGUGCCCUACCUGCACCACCUCACUGGCUGCUACUUGCAAUAUGGAAUGACAACAAUGCCGUUCAAGGUUCUGAUGGAUCACUGUCUUGUUUGGAAAAAGACACAGAAGUUACUUCUUAUGACUAUACUUAAAACACUUCUGUUUCAGAUCCAAAGCACGUAGUGUUUCUGCAACAUGGCAUGUUUUGCUCUGGCAGUAACUGGGUGGCAAAUCUGGACAACAACAGCCUGGGCUUCGUACUGGCUGAUGCUGGUUAUGAUGUUUGGCUAGGAAACAGUAGAGGGACCACUUGGUCCAUGAAACACAUUAAUUAUACUGUGGAGCAAGAAGAAUUCUGGCGAUUCAGGUAGAGGGAGCUUUCUAAACUUCAUUAUAUGUUUCUGGUUCCUAGUCUUCGGUUUUGGAUGAUUAAUCUGCCAUGCUCUUUCUCUUCUGUUUCAACAUUGAACAGUGCCCUGAUAAUGCAAAAUAUGAAGGAGUAGAAAUGUGUGUGUGUAUAUAUAUACACACACAUUUCCAAAUAUACUAUAUAAUUGGUAGUUGUUUCUUUAAACAAAUUGCAUAUAUUAUUCAUUUGGGGAAUUACAUGCUUUGAUCAAGAAUGGAAGUUGGCCGGAUUCCCAAAAGAUGUGCUGUAUGAAGAGCUGGCUUCAGGCACCAGGCCCAUUGGAAGACCAACUCUGUGUUACAAAGUUGUCUGCAAAUCUGGCAUGAAGGCUGGCGAUGCUAACACUGCUGUGUGGGAAUCCCUUGCAGAUGGCUGUAGUGCCUGGAGACAGUCAUUCAGGUCAUACAUCCACAGCAGAGGAGGAGAGCAGAAAGAAGGAGCACCAUGGUGCACUUGCAACAACACAUCCAGAUGCCUUCAUUUGCCUCAGCUGCCACAAUAUAUCUGUAUCGGAUUCUACAGCCACAGCAGGCAUCCUAACUCUUUAAUGGCUUGACUUCACCCCACAACUCACACCCUUCCAUUAUCUCGUGACACAGGCGGUUGCCAACAACAAUAUGACCCACACCGUUGGGGUAACUCAAGCACCAGAGGAUGAAAUAUGGCCUUGGGUGAACUCCACAGAUAUUAGUAGAUUAGCUGCACUUUGGGUGUAAUUAGAUUGGGUGUGGACGAACCCACUGUGGGUCCUGCGAAUUCCCAGUACAGUUACUGGGCCAGAAUUUGAAGCUGCUCAGACCUGGGGGGAGGGGAAGCAGAGCCAUUGGCUGCCCACAGGAAAAACAUUUUUCCUCCUGAAACUCCCAUUUUUUUAAAAAAAAGAUGGUUUCCCCCCUCUUUUUUCUUCCUGCAUUAGAGUCGUGCUAUAUGUUUUUUCAUGAAGAAAAGUGUCAACAACAGAUGGACUCAUUUCCCUCUUCUAAUCUGUUUGUGUUGCAUUUUUAUACUGCCUAGCUGCCUAGCUGGCACUCUGAUGGCAGCCCCUAUUCUGUGCACGGGUGUUCUACAGGUUUGCCUUAUUUGGCUCUCUAGGUGCCGAUAUUUGCUCUUAACUAUGUAGUGAGCUUUUUUAGUUUGCACUGAACAACUCAUAAUGUGGCACAGACUAAUAGUGAGCAGUGCCAGUGGAAAUUUCUAAGGAGGAUGAGUUAUUGCUUAAUCAUAAUUACUAUGUUUCAUAAUGUUUAUAGAAGUAGUCAGGAGAACAUUGGCUUCCACAAUGUAGAUCUCACUGCAUAUUCAAGUCUGUAAAACAUAGUCUGUUAUUUCUUUUCCUUUGCAGUCAAGAUGAAAUGGCUAAAUAUGACCUUCCAGCUUUCAUAAAUUUUAUCCUUAACAAAACCGGGCAGGAGAAAUUAUUUUAUAUUGGUCAUUCCCAGGGCACCACAAUGGGUAAGUUAGAAGGCUUCUUAAACACACAUAGGCCAUUCUAAUAGCAACAUGUUUAUUUGUAUGGUUGGUGUUGUAUAUUAAUUUCAAUACAGAUCUUGUUUAUGGUAGAGAUUUCACUUGGAGACCAUGGAGACCUAUGGAGAAGCAUUGUAAAUAACAAUCUCUGUGUAGGUUUCCUACAUUUUCCUACUUAGUAAUGUUUCCCAUAAAAGUAAUGUUUCAUAGCUGCUAUGGAUUGACAAAAAGUGGUGUGUGGAGUAUAAUAAUCCCAGCUAUGCCUAAUAAAGGAUGUUGUUGUUGUUGUUAUUAUUAUUAUUAUUAUUAUUAUUAUUAUCCCUACACACCUUGCUAACUGUGUAUUUGUUUGCUUUGAUUUCCUUGAGCUGACAAACUGUUGUUCAAUGUCAUUGAAAUCCUGGAUUUCAAACGAGGAUCAACAGGUUUGUACUUGCAAUUUAAAUAAAAGUUUCCCAGUCUGGAUAUAACAAGAAGCUGUAGUCUAGCAACCCCUGGAAGUAUUGCAUUAAGGCCUACAAGAGAAGGGGAUAUGAGUGUGGGCUCAAUACUCUUGCCAUAGUUUAUUUUGGCCUGAAGUGUGUGACCAUAAUAUCUGGUCACCUGGGGCUCUAGGUGGGUAGCUUUUGCCACAUGGCACAGCUGUGGUGGGUCCAUGGAGGGUCCAGGAUGGCCACCUGGUGCCACUCCCUGUGGCAUUAAUAAUAAUAAUAAUAAUAAUAAUAAUAAUAAUAAUUUAUUAUUUAUACCCCGCCCAUCUGGCUGAGUUUCCCCAGCCACUCUGGGCGGCUCCCAAUCAAGUGUUAAAAACAGUACAGCGUUAAAUAUUAAAAACUUCCCUGAAUAGGGCUGCCUUCAGAUGUCUUUUAAAGAUAGAAUAGCUGCUUAUUUCCUUCACAUCUGAAGGGAGGGUGUUCCACAGGGUGAGCGCCACUACCAAGAAGGCCCUCUGUCUGGUUCCCUGUAACCUCACUUAUUGCAAUGAGGGAACCGCCAGAAAGCCCUCGGUGCUGGAUCUCAGUGUCUGGGCAGAAUGAUGGGGGUGGAGACGCUCCUUCAGGUAUACAGGACCGAGGCCGUUUAGGGCUUUAAAGGUCAGCACCAACAUUUUGAAUUGUGCUCGGAAACGUACUGGGAGCAACCAGGUGUGGGUGGGCAACACCCCAAGGCCUAUCAGGGGCAGGGGCUUGGAGGCUGUGCUCAGCCCACCCCUGGCCUAUUUAAGGGGGCAGCCAGGUGCAGGCUGCCUGCUUGACUGACCAUUGUGAUUCCCACCCACCCAUUGGGCUACAUUCUUAGUUUCAGGGGCACCCUGUUAGGGGGGUUUCUCUGUCUGGGAGUUCACAGGGGGACUGAUGGGCCAAUACACUUCUCCCAAGUUGUGGAACCCAAUCCAUGUCAGGGGUGACUCCCCAGGCCAAAGUCUACCCGACCAGGUUCCUGUCAGAUAGCAGGUGGGCUGCCUUUAUGCUGGAUACAUGCUCAGUGCUUUGGUCAUACCUACUCUUUCCUAUAAUCAAUAACGUUGUGGUUUAAUUCAACCCAAUACCAGCCUCAGUGUCCAUUCUUUAGGCUGCCCCUGCACUUGUCAUAGCCAUCAUGCGUCUGCGAUGGCAAACACUUCUUCACAAGCCUUACAAUACGCAAUACAGUGGUACCUCGGGUUACAUACGCUUCAGGUUACAGAUGCUUCAGGUUACAGACUCCGCUAACCCAGAAAUAUUACCUCAGGUUAAGAACUUUGCUUCAGGAUGAGAACAGAAAUCGCGUGGCAGCAGCGGAAGGCCGCAUUAGCUAAAGUGGUGCUUCAGGUUAAGAACAGUUUCAGGUUAAGAAUGCACCUCCGGAACAAAUUAAGUACGUAACCAGAGGUACCACUGUGUAAAAGCAAUAAUGUUGUGAGAAAAGUGGGCUAAUCAUUUGCUUUUGGAUUUUGAUCAAGACUGCAUUGGUUGCCAUAUUCAUUUCUCUUCUAUUUCUAUUUCCCAUUCUGUUUCUUAGCAUUCAUUGCAUUUUCAAUCAUGCCGCAGCUCGCCCAAAAGAUAAAAAUGGUCUUUGGAUUGGCACCACAAGUCACCGUGAAAGAUUUCUCCAACCCAGCAUUGACGAUGUUCCUUGGGUUAUCUGAACACAAGCUCAAAGUAUGCAUUUUGGUCAAAAUACUUCUUUAAACUACAGUGUGCAAAUAUCUUUGGCUGUAGCUAAGAACUUGGGAAUAUACCCAUCAUUUGACCUGAGGCCAUUUGUCAUUCUUUUAGACACCUAAGCUGCUCAAUCUGGCCAAUGCUGCAGAGUGUUGCUUUAGCUACUCUAUACCUAGGACUAUUUUUGAGUAAAAAAAAAGGGGAGGGUGUGCCUGUCUUUUUAUCUUGCUGUGUCAUGGGUGCCAGCACAAAAUGUCUGACGUGGGCAGUAAAAAGAGGUGCCAGUGUGAGGACGAUCCUCAUACCUUUGUUUGUAUCAAGUCCCCAUAUUAAAGAGUUUGGUACAGGUAACUCCCCAUUAUGUGUGUUCUAUUUGCGCCCAACCGUGCAUACAAGCGGGGCCAGCAAAUUAAUCCUGGAAAUGGGAAACACCCUGGAGAGUUCUCCUGGCUUUAGGAAGGGUCUCCUCGCAAGCAGGAGGCCUCCCCACCUAACAGCUGAAAUGUGGGGUGGCUCAGCAGCAGCCACUUCCCCACCCAUUUUCCUACUUAGUAAGGUUUCCCAUACAAGUAAUGUUUCAACUGUGAGCUGGAGGAACAGCAGAGCUUGCAUCAUUGACAGGGCGAGGAGGUCUUCCCUGCACUCAGCUGAACUGAGACAGGCGACUCCCCUUUUUAUGUGAUUUCACUAAUGCAAACACACCUAUUUCUACCCUUGGUAAAAGCAGACUGAAUGCCUCUUUCAGAUUGGUGGAAGAGCCAUUCCUCGCAUUCUCAACCUGGGAAUGAAGAUGAGAGGCAUGACACUAAAUUCAUUCUCCCUAACGUCACCAUGCUGACUAUAGAGAAGUAAAGCACUUUUGUUGAAAUUAGUGAGGAAUUAUGCAAUUUAUAGCACAACUGUUUGGCAAAAUGGCAAGCAGUUUAGCAAGCAGUGCCCUUUGAGGCUAUGUUUGCAUAACUACAAGUCAUUUGCAUAUUCAAGCUCCUACUGAAAUGAUGUUAAUGUUAUGGGGACCAUUUCAGAAGGGUGCCAGUUGCUCCUUGCACUCAUGUCAAAAUACACUUGACCGCUGUCAUCUUGUCUCUUAGCUACAAUUAACAUGUCUGUGUCUUGAAUAUAGAAGGGUUUUUUUCUGCCUGACUGUGCAUGUAGUAUUUGAAUUAUCAAUUAAUGAAUUAAUUAGAUUUCUAUACUACCAUUCACACCAACAUCACAGGGUGGUUUACAAUAUUAAAAACACAAAAAGACAUACCAUAAUAACAAGCAGAAACAACACACAGUUUAAAAGGCCAUAGAUUGUUUAAUGGGUAUUCUGGUGCCAACAAGCCAGCCCACAAAAUGGUGCCCUUGUGAAGAUUAAUCGGACACUGUGUCAAGCAAUGAUGGGUCUUGGUGGCUGUGUUAUCCAACACCUGGACAUCAAACCUGACAGAAUGGACUUAUUCAGGCCUGAUGGCCCACACCUGCCCCCUGCAGGAAAUAAAUGUUAGUUGAAGGAUCUUUGAUUGGUUGCAAUUGUAGGUUGGUUUGGUGGCGAGUUGGCAAUUUCACUGUCUGGGGUGAUGGGUAAGGCCUGGGGGUGAUGGGACGUAUCACCCCUAACCCAGACUAGUGUAAUAACAGGGAAUUAGAGGGGUCUAGUAGGAAGUCUCUGUCCAGAAGCUAAGGGGUGCAGCAGAUGGGCCAUAGAGCUUCCUUCAGCAGCUUGGGAGGUUUAUAUGUGCAGACCUGCAGUUUGUGGAUAACCCUUUAAUCCUGGGCUUGACCCUGUCGUCACUGGCAGAGGAAGAGGAGUGUGGGGGAAGCGCACUGCCCCUCAGCGCGAUCCUGGUGGGGUGCCAUCGCAGCUGCUCCCCGCCUGCGUUGGGCGCCACGCCCCCACGGGCGUCAUACCAUGCCCCCAGGACACGCGUCAUGCCCCUGCGGGCAGCACGCCAUGCACCCAGGACGCGCGCCAUGCCCCUGGGACGUGCGCCAACCCUGCCCCUGCCUGCUCUCCGCCCCCCGGUGCUGGAGAAUGAACCUCCGCCACUGCCUGUCAUGGCACAGCUCUCUACCAGGGGGCUAUGAGGGAUAUACACACAACACCUAAGCCAAAUCCAACCUACAUCUGGAACCAACAAAGUUGUGGCCAGUUUCUAAAAUCCCAGAACAUUGUUUUGUCCAGUUUGUUCCCUUUUGGAGCUGAGGCCUUGCUUGUGGGGGGGGGGGGGAGUCACCAUGAGUAGGCAAUAUUUUUUUGUGGUAUUUUGUUGCUACUUGAUAUUAUUAGACUUAUCUCUAGGAAAACAGGCUUGAAUAACAAAAUGACCUAUGUACUCAUGUUUUUCUUUUGGCAGGGAAUAUUUGGAACUAAACAGAUGUUUCCUCAAAGCAAAUUUGUAAAAUGGAUGGCUACUCGUGUGUGUAACCGUUUCUUAAUUGAAUAUCUCUGUAGCUUUAUUAUCCACCUAGGAACUGGCUUUAAUAUAAAAAAUCUAAAUAUGGUAAGAUUUCUGAUUAUUUACAGGAGUGUGUGGAGGCAUAUAGAAGAACAAGUGAAGUUGUUGAAGAAAGCAUAUAGUAUUCUGCUAGAAUUGGAAAUGAAAAAUAAGGAGGUUAAAUCAGUCAUGAUUAAAUGGGCACAAGAUAUAGGACAACCUAGCAGUUCGAAAGCACAAAGUGCAAGUAGAUAAAUAGGUACCGCUCCAGUGGGAAGGUAAACAGCAUUUCCAUGUGCUUCCUCUGGUUCGCCAGAAGUGGCUUAGGCAUGCUGGCCACAUGACCUGGAAGCUGUCUGCGGACAAACACCGGCUCCCUCGGCCAAUAAAGUGAGAUGAGCGCCGCAACCCCAGAGUCGGUCACGACUGGACCUAAUGGUCAGGGGCCACUUUACCUUUUAUACAAUUUGAGGAUUGGGAAAAGCUGUGGAAGGUAGAUUGGAAAUUUACAGACUGUCCUCUUUUGAAAAAAUAUAUAUGAAAAUGAUGUAUAGAUGGUAUAUUACACUAGUGAAAAUGGUAGAAAUGUAUAAAACUGGGUUAAGUGUAUGUUGGAAAUGUAAAGAAAAAGAAGGUACUUUGUAUCAUAUGUGGUGGGAAUGUAGAGAAGUUAAAAAAAUUUGGGAGAUGAUAUGCAAUGAAUUGAAAAAAAAUGUUCAAAAUAACAUUUGCAAAAAAACCAGAAGCAUUUUUGUUAGGGAUUUUAGGAUAAGACCUGCCAAGAAAAAUAAAUUUAUGUAUGCAACAACAGUGGCAAAAGUCUUGUUAGCACAAGGAUGGAAGAAUGAGGAAAUCCCAACAAAAGAACAAUGGCAAGAAAAACUGAUGAGCUAUGCAAAGUUGGCAAAGUUAACACAUAAACUGUGUGAGAAGGACAACCAUGACUUUAAGGAGGAAUGGGAACUAUUUACAAACUAUUCAAAAAGACAAGAAAAGGAUUUGGACUCCUUGGCAGGUUUUGAAUAAACAUCCACAAAUUUAUUAGUAGAAUAUAUGACGCAACUUUACAACAUGCAGAGAAUAAUACGUAUGAACAAAUCAGAGAGGGGAGCUGAGGGAAGUCUCUGGAGGGUGGGAGAGGGAGGGAGGGGGAAAAUGUAAUUGGUUAUAAUUGAUUUAUAAUUUGAUUUGUUAAAUUUGCUGAAUAAAAAUAUUUUUAAAAAGAAAAAAGAAAGAAAGAAAUGCAUUUACAUUGUGGAACAGCUAAAAGUGAAAUGCCAAAUUUCCAUUUUGUUUGGUAACAUAAUAUUGGGAAUGGCAGCUAGUUUAGAGUGUUAAACGGAUCUCCAUAAAGAGGUGCAUGUAAUUGCAGGCCAGGCAUCGGGCACCUCAGUCCCCAACCCCCUGGAGAAUUAAUGGACAACCGAGACUGCUUUGGAUUGAAACAGGCCACAAUUUUAUUGAAUACAGAUGAAGGGUUUGGCUUGGGCAUGGGGCAAUCAAAAUACUUCUGUCCUACCUGUUGGAAGUGAUGCCGUAGGUCAAUCUGUGCUAGGGUUCCUAAUACUUACAUCAAAUAGGGUGACGCCAACAGGGACCGCCGUCUGGGAGAGAGCUCUGGCCCCUGACUGGGCAGAAGUACAUGGCACCUUCCCUUGGAUCCCUUUAACUGAAUACCCCAGGGUUUGGAGGAGCAGGCAGAGACUACAACCUCCCCUCCAUCCAAGACUAAGAUUACCCCAGUGACCAACCCAGUAAUAAAUAAUAAUAGUAGUAAUAAUAAUAAUAAUAAUAGAUUUAUUACUUAUACCCUGCCCAUCUGGCCAGGCCUCCCCAACCACUCUGGGCGGCUUCCAACUGAAUAUUAAAAACACAAUAAAACAUCAAACGUUAAAAACUUCCCUUCUAAAACGUCUUCUAAAAGUCAGAUAGUUGUUUAUUUUAUUGACAUCUGAUGGGAGGGUGUUCCACAGGGUGGCACCACUGCCAAGAAAGCCUGGUUGUGAUGAUUGCCAUGAGGUAGGCAAAACCACUAGGCCAGAGCCAGUUUGCCUGGUGGACAAAUUCCUACCUGGCCCAGAAAGUGGUGACCAUCAUAACCACAGCAAGGUCAUUGAGCAGCAACUUGAACCAAGGGUAGGUGGGGACCCUGAUGAAAAAACUCAGGUAAGGGCUCCAGGUGCAAGCUGUUUAGAUGUCCUGAAUACGGACCUGAGGGAAGCUUUCUUCUUCUGUCAGUUCUGGCACCUGGCUUCGCCCACAUCCAAGCCUGCACCCCCAUUUGCCAAUCCCGGGUGCAGGCUUGGCUAUGGUCUCAUCUGGACAGGAUGCCAAUGCUGCGCUCCCUCAUCAGGGCCUUUGGAAGAGCCUUAGGUAGUGAGUGGACUUACUAACUAAACACUGAUUCCUUCAUAAUAUCCAGAUGUUGAGCUCUGGUGUACUUGUUUUCUUCAAACAAACCAAAUGUAAGUGAAGUUGGUUGUUGUACUUUGUGAUGAAUUCAGCUAACCACUUUGCUCUUCUUUCUUACAGAGUCGUAGUGAUGUGUAUCUAUCACACUGGCCAGCUGGGAUAUCGGUUCAGAACUUGCUUCACUGGGCUCAGGUAGAACCUAAAUCCUAAAUUAUGUUAAAAGAAGCUUAAUGUAUUGAUUGAAGCUUUGAAUGGAUGAUUGUCAGGUCUUUUUUUUAGCCGGAACUCACCAGAACUCAGUUCUGGAACCUCUCAGGUGGGCACCAUUGCCAUUAUAAGAGAACAAGUGAUGAGUUCUGGCACCUCUUUUUCUAUAAAAAUAGCACUGCUGAUUGUAUUCAAAAGAACAGACUAUUAGAAAGAAAUCUAGAAAUAUAACACAAGGAAGCAUUCAACUAUAUAAUUCAGCCUCUCUUUGUACAUAUUUAACAAAUAUAUUUUGCUUUUAUGCUAAAGGAUUUAAAGCCAAGGGUGCUUUUGUGUUUUUAACUUCCCUGUUUAGGGAAGUUUUUAAUGUUUGAAGUUUUAUUCUGUUUAAUAUUCUGUUGAGAGCCACCCAGAGUGUCUGGAGAAACCCAGCCAGAUGGGCAGGCUAGAAAUAAUAAAAUUAUUAUUAUUAUUAUUAUUAGUAGUAGUAGUAGUAGUAGUAGUAGUAUUAGUAUUUUACCAAACAGAAGUAUUUCACCAGCAACAGAUAUAAUCAUUCCCCCAGUGGAUUUUUUUAAAAAUUGAAAAUAUAUUUCCUCUGUAUGUAGAUGAACAUAUAUUAAUUUUCUCUGGUAUUUUGUUGAUAUGUGUUUUAAUAAAUAAUCCAGGUGUUGUGAGUGCAACCGCAACCUCUGCCAACCUGCUUGGACUACAACUCCCAUCAGCCAGGCCACGCUGGCUGGGGUUGAUAAGAAUUGUAGUCUAGAACAUCUGGAGGACUCCAGGCUAGUGAAGGCUGUGUGUUGUAGCAUAAGGCAGGCCAAGAAGGGCUAUGAUUUGGGAGUACAUGGUCUUGAAUGUAGUCACUGGUAACAUCUGCAUGGCCCUGUGAAAAGAACGGGGUUGGGGAAUCCUUUUGACACCACAGGACAGUUUUUUAUCAGGAUUAGUUUCAGGCUCUGGACCUGGUGUCUUCCAUGGCAACACUAGGGCUCUCCCAGUUUGUUUUGGGCCCCACACAUCAAGCAGGCCACACGCUGGAUUUGAUCUUUGGCACAGGUAUAGAUGUGAUCAUGUCUCCUUUGAUGAAGGUGCCAUGGUCUGAUCACUACGCUCUGAAAGCCAGGAUUGACUUCCCACCCCCACCCUGCUUAGGUGGCGAGCCGAUUUGGGCCCACCCGCAGAGGCUGAUGGACCCUGAUAGAUUCCGCCAAGCCUUGCUCCCCCUGGCGACUCAUUGACUGAGCUUGUUGAGGGCUGGAAUAUCCGGCUCCUGGCGGCCAUUGAUGAGAUCACACCUAAGCGCCCUCUGCGACCCCGCAGAAACCGGGCUCCCUGGUUUACCGAGGAGCUUCGGAAAAUGAAGUGGGACCUCAGACAGCUAGAGCGAGUAUGGCAGGGUGCCCACAACGCAGCUUCAAGAACAUCUUAUAGGGUUUUUAUGAAAACCUACGAGAUGGCAGUGAAGGCCGCUAAGAAGUCUUACUUCUCGGCCACCAUUGCACCCGCUAGCUCUCGCCCGGCGCAAUUAUUUAGUAUAAUUAGGUCUUUAACGUCCCUGGAGGGACAACCAAAUUUAAAUAACCAUUUGACAUACAGCUGUGAGGCAUUUGCAAGCUUUUUUGCAGAGAAGGUCCUGUUGCUCUGCCGUGACCUCCCUGCCAAUUUGGAUACAAUAAAGGAACUGGAGGCCCCUCGACUGUCCUCGGGUCUAGUAUUGGACCACUUUGACCGGAUAUCCCCAGCCAAUGGGGACAGACUCCUCCGAGCUGGAAAGCCCAUCACCUGUCCUCUUGACCCGUGCCCGUCCUGGCUGAUUAGAGCUUGUGCAGACGAGGUGCGGACCCCCCUAGGGGAUAUCAUCAAUUUGUCCCUUGGCACCGGGACAUUCCCAGGGGAAUUGAAGGAGGCAGUGGUGCGUCCGCUCUUAAAGAAAACAUCAUUAGAUCCUUUAGAUCUAUCCAAUUACUGCCCGGUUUCGAAUCUUCCGCUUGGGGGGGAAUUGUCAUCGCGCCACUCCUUGGUGUGUGGAGUGCUUCAGGGUGCGAUACUCUUCCCAAUGCUUUUUAACAUCUUUAUGUGCCCCCUCGCCCAGCUUGUCCGGAGUAUUGGGUUGGGCUGCCAUCAGUAUGCUGAUGACACCCAACUCUAUCUGUUGAUGGAUGGCCAUCCUGACUCAGCCCCAGACACACUGAUCAGAUGUUUGGAAGCUGUGGCUGGAUGGUUACGUGGGAACCGGUUGAAGUUAAAUCCUUUGAAGACAGAGGUCCUUUGGCUGGGUUGGGACGAUAUGGGAUUGGGGGGGGCAUCUCCCAUCUCUUGCAGGGGCGCAAUUAGUGCCAGCACCGUCUGUUAAGAGUUUGGGUGUAAUCUUUGACACCUCCCUUUCCAUGGAGGCGCAGAUUGCAGCUCUAACAAAGGUGGCAUUUUUUCAUCUCCGCCAAGCAAAGCAGUGAGCUCCUUACUUCUCUCGCCCUGACCUAGCCACUGUGAUCCACGCGAUGGUCACCUCCAGACUGGAUUAUUGUAACUCUCUCUACUUGGGGUUGCCCUUGAGACUAACCCAGAAACUCCAGCAGGUGCAGAAUGCCGUGGCGAGACUCCUUACUGGGUCCUCGCUGCGAGAUCACAUUCAUCCGGUGCUGUACCAGCUGCACUGGCUCCUGGUGGAGUACAAGAUCAGGUUUAAGGUGCUGGUUUUAACCUUUAAAGCCCUACACGGCCUAGGACCUUCGUACCUAUGGGACCACCUCCUGUUAUGUCCCACAGAGGACCUUACGGUCUUCAAACAAAAACAUCCUGGAGGUCCCAGGCCACAGAGAGGCUAGGCUGGCCUCAACCAGGGCAAGGGCUUUUUAGGUUGUGGCUCCGAUCUGGUGGAACGCUCUGUCACAAGAGACUAGGGCCCUGCGGGACUUGACAUCUUUCCAUAGGGCCUGCAAGACAGAGCUGUUCCACCAGGCCUUUGGCCAAGGCACAGCCUGACCCCCUCCUUUGGUAAUUCUUCACAGAACUUUAGCCCAAUGGUUGCCAUCAAAUUGAUUUGAACUGUUUUUAUAAUGAAUUGAUUUUAGAAUGCUGUAUUAUUUUACUGUUGUUAGCCUGAGCCCAGCUUCAGCUGUGGAGGGAAGGAUAUAAAUAAAUUAUUAUUAUUAUCAUAGGUCACAUUUAACAGCAGGGUGGGGCCGCCUACCUGUCAAUUACCUGAUGUAACAAUGGAGGAUUUCAAAGCAUGUUGCAAGUCCCUCCCUUUAGUGUUACUUUGGGAUUCUGAUGCAAACCUCUUGCUGAUUUGUUUUCACAAGUCUUUCAAUGAAAACGCCUCUCUGAGCUGCAAUCUCAGCUGGUUGGUAGGUGGGAGUCUUUGGAGAAAGUGUGUGGGCCAACUUGGGUCCCCUGGCAGAAUAAGAUUGUCUUGUGGAGUGAAAGUUCCUGAUCUCCAAUAUAUUUCACUUCUGCACAAGGGGUUACCCGAGCUACUUAUCCAUGUAAUCUAGCUGCCGGGAGCAGAAAGGAAAAUUCAGAUUACACGACAAAAGAAAUUUGCAGCCCAUAAGUUAAAUGGGAAUUACUUCCAAGUAAGUGUAAAUGAGACAACUCCUAAGUGGCAGUAUAUCUCUCCAUCAUUCUCACAACAGCAAGUCAGUUAAGAAUGAAUAGUCUAGAAAAACUGCAAAAGCUGAAAUGAUACCAGUGGCUUUUCAAUGGCUUUGCAAAUCUUUCUUUGGAUGUUUACAACCUUGUUCUGCUCCCUAAAGGGAGGUUAAACAUUAUUGCAUAGCCUGAGUUACAGCAUGACUAUUGAUUCAUUCACUAAUCCCUGUUUAUGCCCCGGGCCAUGAUCUAUUUACAUGACUACUAUUAUAAGUGCUUAUGCACCAACACUGGAUGCCGAUGCAGACAUCAAAGAAAAAAAUUAGGCUCAGCUGGAUACUGUCCUGUCAGAGAAUGAAUACAACUUAAAAACAAGAUUAAAAUACAACAUUAAAUUAUCGAAACAUUAAAAUAUUUAAAUGCAGCCUCAUCACAGGAGGGGAAAGGAAAAAGAAGAAAAAAAAGAGGGGGAGGGAAUCAAAUUGGCUCCAAGCCAAAGACCAGGUAGAACAACUCUGUCUUACAGGCUCUGCGGAAAGAAAUCAGAUCCUGCAGGGCCCUGGUCUCAUGAGGCAGAGUGUUCCACCAGGCCGGAGCCAGGGUUGAAAAGGCCCUGGCUCUGGUUGAAGCUAAUCUAACUUCCUUAGGGCCUAGGACCACUAGGGUGUUGCUAUUUAUGGACCUUGAGGCUCUCCGUGGGGCGUAUCGGAAGAGACGGUCCCGUAGGUACGAGGCAAAAGCUCAUCUCCCAGCCUAGAGGAAUCUACAGAUAGCCUUUCAGAGAUUGCAGGUCAGCCUUUGAGUAUUCCCAAUGGUUUUCGGCCUUCUAGGGGGACAGUGGACAUGAUUUUCACCACUUGACAGCUUGAAGAAAAAUUCAGAGAGCAAAACCAACCCCUGUAUAUGGCAUUUAUUGACCUGACUAAGGCUUUUAACACUGUAAAUCAUAAUACUCUGUGAACUGUCCUUCUGAAAAUUGGCUGCCCAGAUAAAUUUGUGAACAUCAUUCAGCUCUUCCAUGAUAAUAUGACAGCAACAAUCGCAGAUAACAAUGGCUCUCAAAGUGAACCAUUAACAAUGGGAUCAGGUGUUAAACAAGGUUGUGUUAUUGUCCCAACUCUAUUCAUUAUUUUCAUUGCCAUGAUUCUACACUUUGUCAAAGGGAAACUCCCCACUGGAGUAGAAAUCAUCUGUUGAACAGAUGGAAGCUCUUUAAUGAGCAGGCUGAAAGCAAAGUCAUGGAGCUUCAGUAUGCUAAUGACAACGUAGUGUGCGCACGCUCAGAGGAUGACCUCCAAACCAUCCUAAAUAUCUUCGCAGAAGGUUAUGAAAAACUUGGCCUAUCACUGAACAUCCAAAAAACCAAAGUGCUGCACCAAGUACAAAAUAACCCCUCUGCAGCACCACAAAUCCAUCUCAAUGGUGCAGUGUUGGAAAAUGUUGAUCACUUCUCCUACCUGGGCAGUUAUCUUUCCACAAGGGCUGACACUGAUGCCGAAAUCCAGCAUCGCCUGAGCUCUGCGAGUGCGGCUUUCUCCAGAUUGAAGCGCAGAGUGUUUGAAGACUGGGACAUUCGCAGAGAAACCAAAAUGCUUGUUUACAAAGGUUUUGUAGUACCAACCUUACUGUAUGUUUGUGAAACAUGGACUACUUAUAAAUGGCAUCUCCAACUCCUCAAAAGAUUCCAUCAACGGUGUCUCCAAAAAUUUUUACACAUCACUUGGGAAGACAGGAAAAUUAAUACCAGUGUACUGGAAGAAGCAAAGAUCACCAGUGUUGAAGCAAUGAUUCUUCAACAUCAACUUUGUUGGACUGGUCAUGUUGUGCAGAUGCUUGAUUAUCGUCUUCCAAAGCAACUACUCUAUUCCAAACUUAAAAAUGGAAAGCGUAAUGCUGGUGGUCAACAAAAGAGGUUUAAAGACUGUCUCAAGGCAAAUUUUUUAAAAUGUAGUAUAAGCACCAACAAUUGGGAAACACUUGCCUGUGAGUGUUCCAAGUGGAAAACAGCCUUUACCAAAGGUGUCAUGGGCUUUGAAGACACUCGAACUCAGGAUGCAAGGAAGAAAUGGGCUAAGAGGAAGGCACACUUGGCAAAUCCACACCGUGAUCAACUCCCAUCCGGAAACCAAUGUCCCCACUGUGGAAGGACUUGUGGAUCCAGAAUUGGCCUCCACAGUCACUUACGGAGUCAUUGUUAAAACCGUUUUCAUGGAAGACAAUCUUACUCGGCUAUGAGUGAUCGCCAAGAGAAGAAGAUCAUGCCCAGAUCCAGGCAGUCUUGAAAGAAGUGGAUUUUUUAGAUCCACUUCAGUUGAGGUUUAGGCCCAGUUUUGACAGAGAAGCUGCUUUGGUUGCCUGAUAUGGUGACUUCUGUUGGAUCUAGACAGGGGAAAUGUGUCCCUAUUACCAUAUUUUUCGCUCUAUAACACGCACCCGACCAUAACACGCACGUAGUUUUUAGAGGAGGAAAAUCCAUAGGCAUGCCACCCGUAGGCAUUCCCUCCAUAACAUGCACAGACAUUUCCCCUUACUUUUUAGGAGGAAAAAAGUGAGUGUUAUGGUGCAAAAAAUACGGUAAUUCUCAUUAGACAUCUCAAUGAAAAACUGCAGAAGCUGAAAUGAUACCAGUGGCUUUUCAAUGGCUUUGCAUACCUUUCUUUGAGUUGAGGAUACAGAAUUCAGCAGCCUGUUUGCACAGAGAGGCAAGUUUGAGCAAAUAACAUCAAUCCUGGCCCAACUGCACUGGUGGCCAAUCUGUUUCUGGGCCUAAUUUAAAGUACUGGUUUUGACCUCUAAGGCCUUAAGUGGCUCAGUGCUGCUGUACCCAAGGAUUGCUUCUCUCCAUAUGAGCUAACCCAGAUGGCACAGUCAUAAUCUGAGGCCCUUCUACAUGUGCCCUCUUCCACAAGAGGUCUGGAGGAUGGAAACACGAGAAUGAGCCUUUUCUGUGGCAAAUCCACAAUUGUGGAAUGCUCUCCCCAGGGUGGCGCAUCUGAUGGCUUUAUUAGGUAUCUUUAGACACCAGACAAAAACUUUCCUCUUCUUCCAGGCUUUUGGCUAAUUACACCUCUUUUAAACUGGGUGGGGAAGGAGGGAAUUGUUGCUUUUUUAUGUUAUGUAUCUUGUAAACUGAACCGUGAUCCUUGGAUGUAGGGCAGUAUAGAAAUAUAAUUAAUGAAUAAAUAUAACAAUAAUUUCCCCAUUUUAUUUUUCAAAAUAUGGUACAUCUCUUUUUCAGGGUUCGAAGAGUGGGAAGUUCAAAGCCUUUGACUGGGGUAGCAAGGAAGAAAACAUGGCUCACUACAAUCAGGUCAGAAUUUCCCACUAAUUGCAUCUCUCUCUCUCUCUCUCUCUCUCUCUCUCUGUGUGUGUGUGUGUGUGUUUAUAUGAGGGUAGAUACUGGUACAGGGCAAGCAGCCUGAGAAGGAGUUCAAUGCCAGCUGCGGUUGGCUGAACUGCUUCAAAGGUUGCUUCAAUUUGAAGAACAUCCCCAGCACUGGUGAAGCUGCAUUUGCAGACAUGGAGGCUGCUGAAGAGGCUGUUGCAGCAGAAGGAGUAUCUUCAAGAGCAGGUGUUCAACACAGACAAGAUGGGCCUGUUCUGGAAGAAGAUGCCUGAGCAGAUCUACAUUGCCAAAGCAGAGCAGUUAGCCCUUUGAUUUAAAGCUGUGAAGGAUUAACACGAUGGAUACUGAUCUGCUUUCCCAAGAAGCUGCUCAAACAUCUGAUUGGUGUUCUGUACUCUAAACAGAAGCUUAUAAAGGAGGAACUCUCUGCACUGGACAACUCUGUCAGGAAUCACCCAGCUUGGCAAGAGUUCCACAAUGAAAAAAAACAAACCAUUUACCACUCUCAACUAGAAUGACUGAAAAAACAGAAAAACAAAAAACUCUCUAACCUUCCCAACCUAUAGGCUACUAAUCAAAAUAACAAGAUCAACAAUAUUGUCAAUCUCUCUCAGCAAACACUCAGCCCAGCUGAGGAAUCAGCCCUUUCACACGGACUAUCAUUCUGCCCUGCCAAAUCCCCGCACAUGAUUCAGUUCUGCAGAGACUUGGCAGAAUUUUUCCACUGUUUACGCCUGAAGGAGUACUUUCAACACACACAAGGUCAAGACAAAGUAGAACAAACAACAUCUCCACAACACAACAUCUCUCAGCCUACUGGGGAACAACCACCACCCUCCCAACACAUUAAUGAACAGAACAUUGACCACCAGCUACCACCGAAUAAAUGCUACACAAAAGGGACUCCACAUGGACCCUCCUGAUGAAUGCAAUACCACACUAGAUCUGCACAUCAAUUCCUUCUGCCACAGAAUCCAAAUGGAUGUGACCAGAAAACACCAUUGCUUACAACAAAAUCUUAACCAUGCUGAAAGGAGAGCCAUAGAUAAUCUCAGGAACAACCCAGACAUUAUGAUUAAAGAGGCGGACAUUAUGAUUAAAGGGUGGAGCUGUCAUCACCAUGAACAAAACUGAUUAUAUCCAGGAGGCUCACAGACAACUUUCCAGUACCGCCUUUUACAUAAAAUUGGACUAACACACCAGUGGAACCUAGACCAGGAACUUUCUAUCUUCUACCUAAAAUACACAAACCAGGAAAUCCAGGACACCCCAUCAUCUCAGGUAUUGGCACUAUUACAGUGGGUGUUUCCGGUUAUAUGGACUCUUUUCUGAAACCAUAUGCCAACAGUGCUCCCAGCUACGUACAUGACACCACAGAUUUUCUGAGGAAAAUACAAUUUUUGAAUAAUCUUCCUAACAAUACUAUACUAGCCACUAUGGAUGUGGAAUCUCUUUAUACCAACAUCCCACACAAUGAUGGUUUGCAAGCCAUAAGGAACACUAUUUCAGAUAAAAUCACAGUGGACUUUGCUACCAAACUCUGCCAUUUUGUCCUUACCCACAACCACUUCAAAUUUGGUGAUGACCUGUUCCUCCAGAUCAGUGGCACAGCAAUGGGCCCCACAGUAUGUCAACAUCUUCAUGGCAGAUUUGGAACAACGUUUCCUAACCUCCUACCCACUCAAACCUCUCUUGUACCUGCAAUACAUUGACGAUAUUUUUCUUAUCUGGACACAUGGUCAACAGACCCUGGACACCUUCCAACAGACAUUCAAUGGCUUUCACCCCACCAUCAACAUAACUAUGAACCAAUCUAUGCAAUAAAUACAUUUUUUGGACACUACUAUAAAAAUACAAGAUGGGUGUAUAGAUACCACCUUAUACUAUAAAUCAACUGACCAACAAACAUAUCUACAUGCUUCUAGCUACCAUCCCAAACAUCCCAAACAAUCCAUUGUAUAUAGCCAGGCCCUACAUCACAGCCACAUCUGUUCCAACUCUACAGAGAUUCUCACCCAAGAGAUCUACAGCAAACCUUUUUAGAACUAGAAUAUCUGCCUGAUGAAGUUAAACAACAGAUCAACAGAGGCAGACCCAUAGAAAAACUUGAUGCAAGACAGACACAAAAAAGAAAAUAACAGAACACUACUAGUAAUCACAUACAGCUCCCAAGUUAAAACAGUUCAACGCAUCCUCAGAGAUCUAUAACCUCUCCUAGAUAAUGAUAGUUCUCUUUCUCAAGCUCUGGGAAGAAGACCUUUCAUUGCUUACAGACAGCCACCCAAUCUUAAACAACUUCUCACCCAUAAUAAUACAGCAACAAGACUUAACAUGGACACUGGUACCAGAGCCUGCAAUAAACCCAGAUGCCAACUUUGCACCCGGACAACACCAUUACUGGCCCCAACAACAUCAAACAUACCAUCUCAGGACUAUGUAAUUGCUCAUCUUCUAACAUUGUGUAUGCUAUUAAAUGCCAACAGUGCCCUUCAACUCUCUAUAUUGGACAAACAGACCAAACCCUACACCAAAGGGUAAAUGGACAUAAAUCUGACAUCAGGAAUCACAAGGCAGAGAAACCAAUAGGAGAACACUUCAAUCUCCUAGGACAUUCUAUACAAGAUCUCAAAGUAGCUGUCAUAUUACAAAAGAAUUUCAGAAAUAGACUGGAAAGAGAAGUUGCUGAAUUAUAACUUACUACCAAACUUAAAACCACGGAGAGACCUGGUCUGAAUAGAGACAUUGGAUUCUUAUCUCAUACAUGAUAAAGCUAUUUUUGGCCAUCUCAUCCCUUGCUUUUUCCUGUAAGACUAACUGCAGUCAUUAACAGUCAUCAACUGGUUUACCACACCUAUCAGCCAAUCACCCAUUCCCACCACCCUUCUGAGUAAUACCCCUCCCCACCUUCUCACUAUAUAUAAGAAGAAGAAGAAGAAGAAGAAGAAGAAGAGGAGUUUGGAUUUGAUAUCCCGCCUUUCACUCCCCUUCAGGAGUCUCAAAGCGGCUAACAUUCUCCUUUCCCUUCCUCCCCCACAACAAACACUCUGUGAGGUGAGUGGGGCUGAGAGACUUCAAAGAAGUGUGACUAGCCCAAGGUCACCCAGCAGCUGCAUGGGGAAUCAAACCCAGUUCACCAGAUUAGGAGACUACCGCUCUUAACCACUACACCACACUGGCUCUCUGAAACAGAGUCUGGUGACUUCUGUUUCAGUGUAUCUGAAGAAGUGUGCAUGCACACGAAAGCUCAUACCCGUAACUAACUUAGUCGGUCUCUAAGGUCCAACUGGAAGGAAUUUUUUUAUUUUGCAUCAUUUUGCGUUGAGCAGGCAGUGGAUGCCAUCAAGCCCGAAACUGUAAAUGGAUGCUGGUGCAACCUGUGGAAGGAAUGUGUUCACAAUUUCAAGUGAUUUCAAGGAAUUGUCCAAAGCCGGUUGGAGACUAUGUAUAUUAACCAGGAAAGUGCACAAUUUCCUCUUCAUGGAUGAUGUGCACAUUCUCUAUGAUGCCUUGCAAAUCUGCACAACGUCCAGUUGUUAUGCACAUUAACAGCUCAACUUAUAUUCCCCAUAACGUGUGUGUGUGUUUGCUUUGAUCAUGAAGUUUCUGCAAAGUCCUAACUUACAAACUAUUUUUAACCUGUUAUUUCCCUCUCUUUUAGGAAACAGCACCUUCCUAUGAUAUUAAAAAAUGACUGCUCCAAUAGCUCUCUGGAAUGGUGGGAACGACUGGGUUUCAACCCCAAAGAAUAUUGCCCGGUGGUUGCCUCAGGUCUCAAACUUAGUUUACCACAAGAUGAUUCCUGACUGGCAACACACAGAUUUCUUCUUGGGCCUUGAUGCCCCACAGCGCUUGUAUGAAGAGAUAAUUGAGUUUAUGCAGAUUUAUGAGUGAGUUUGGGAUCCUGAAAUAGUCCUCCAAGAAACCAUCACCAUCAGUCUAUGAUGAUGAUGACAACGACAACAACUAUAACUACUACAAUUUUUUUUUAAAAUUCACCUUGGGAAAAAUUCCCUAUGUUUGUUCACACAAAAUAAACCCUUUGGAAAAAACAUUUUUGAACUGAUUAUCAUUAUUUAAAUCCAUGCAUUUUUAAUGGAGGUGUUGAGACAUAACUCAAGUGACUUCUAAAAACAGUAGUCAUGAAGAAAGGAACUCUGAUCUUCCCAAACUUUGUUUUGCAGUGUGGGGUGGAGACAAGUUCUUUGCUAACAUCUGUGGAAUUGGCAAUAUGAAAACAUGCUUUGGGUGGUAUUGAACUAAGUUUUAUGCAGAGUAGAUCUGUUGAAAUUAAUGAACAUGACUAAGUUGAAUGCCACCCCCACUGCCCAUCACAGAAUUAGGAAGACAUUCAGAUGUUCCAAAACAGUAAAUGAAAGCAACUUGGUAUGUCACACUUACUGGAAGACUGGCACCUUGAGACCAAGCACAAUUGGAAGUGACUUUCAAUACCUGCACUGAUGUCAGCUCCUAGUUGCUGGAAUGCUGAUUCUCAGGAUGUAUUAGACUACUGUCCUUGGUGGACCUUAGCUCAGUAGUAGAGCACUUGCUUCACCCCAAGGAGGUUCCAUGUUCUGCCUGUAGUUUCUCCAGGGAGGCGCAGGAAAGACACUUUGGAAACCCUGGAGAACUGCUGCCAGUCAGUGUAGAGCAGUGGGGGGGGGGAGUGGAUCUCAUCAGCAGGCUGGAAUGUUAUCUCCUCCAACUUUCAAUCACCUGAUGUCACAAUGAUGUGAGGUGAUCCAUUUUAUUUGUUUUACUUUAUGCACAAUCAGGUGCUUGUGAUGACUUGCAAAGCUCCAUGUGUAACAGUAAUCAAUAAACACAAGACAUAACCAGCUGUACUUUUGAAUAAAUAAGGUAUAGUAUUCAUUGCAUCAAAUUGUAGAUUUCAAUGGAAAUCUCAUAAAGUUCAACAGAAAAAAGAAGAAGACCCAGUGGAUCAGUUCAUUCUCUAGUCAGUUCAUGCGUAAGGUCCGUACAUGUAUAAGUAUCUAUUCCACCUGUUUGUUCAUAGAGUGCAAUAAUCCGCAUGAAGGGUUGUUACAGUUCCACAGAAUCCUUUCACAGAGUCCAAGACAAGGAUUUCUGGAAUAUUAGCCUUGUUUCACCAUCCUAGACUUCAUCAGUAGAACAGGCUCUAGGUAAUGCAAAUAAAUACAACAUUGUAAUCUCACACAUUUUUUACAGCAAAAAUAUAAAAAACCCAUAAACAAUUGUAUAUACCAUAUGUAAUAUUACAGGAUAGUGGAUCUUAUAGCAUAGUAGUGGUGCAGUAAGCAGUGACUGUUACAAAGCAGGAUUAUAUGGACAAGCACAAUAUCGGUUUGAGUAACAGGUGUUGGCAAUCCACAGAUACAAAAUUUAUUUCUUAAAGUGACCCAUAUGGCACAACAGAUGUAAAGCAAUCCAUGCUCAGAUGUUAUACAUGUAAACUCAUACAUAAAUGUAAUCAAUUUUCAGAUCUAAAGUAAUAGCAGUCCACAGAUACAAAUUCCCCUCUCAAAGUAAUCCACUCGUCCCACAAAGGUAAAACAAACUUAGCCCAUGCUCAGGUGUUGUACAUAUAAACAUUAGUACACAUUCACAAAAAGCAACUAUAAUCCAUUUCAGUAUUCAGACCUGAGGGAUGCAAAGAAUUCAAUAAGAAAAUGAACCUAGUUUAUUGCUGCAUGAGGAUUUUUAGUUCGUUCAAUAUGACCUAAAUACGUCCAAAUUACAAAAAAUGUCAACUCCUGAGUGAUCCAGCAGAACUAGGAAACAGCUCUCACCUUUGCCCCUAGCCCACCAGAGAUCAUCAACCAGCACAACCAAGGCAGUUUCAGUCCCAUGAUGAGGCCUGAAUCCCGAUUGGAAGGGAUCCAAAUGGUCCGCAUCCUCCAGGCUUGCUUGGAGUUGUUCGGCAACGACCCGCUCAAUCACCUUGCCCAAGAAUGGUAGAUUUUAGACUGGGCUAUAGUUGGCCAUAUUGGCCGGGUCUAAAGAUUUUUUUUAAGAAGCUGUUUAAUAACCACCUCUUUCAGCGGGUCUGGGAAGGCUCCCUCACAGAGGGAAGCAUUCGCCACCCUGCAGAAGCCCAGCCCUUCCCGGCUCGCUUUUAUCCGCCAGGAUGAGGAGGAUCAAGGAGACAGGUGGUCGGUUUCACUUUUCCAAGCAGCCUGUCCACAUCUUCGGAGGUAACAGAUUGGACUUGAUCCCAUGUAACAAGACUAGACAGAACUCUAGCACUCUCCCGCCCUGGCCCAGCUCCCACGGUGGAGUCUACCUCCUUCUGAAUCUGAGAGACUUUAUCUUCAAAAAACUUUGCAAAAGCAUUGCAGGAGAUCUUGGGGUCCCUACCAGGCCCGGGUGGUGCAGGUGGUUCCGAUAGAUUGUGAACCACCUGAAAAAGUCUCCUGCUGCUGUUUUCUGCAGAUGCAAUAGAGGCGGCGAAGAAGGCCCUCUUUGCCGUCACCAUUGCUACUUGGUAGGCUCGAUGUUGAGCUCUAGCCCGUGUCCAGUCUGAUUCAGAAAGAGUUUUCCGCCACCGGUGCUCUAGCCGUCUCAACGAUUGUUUCAUCAUCCUCAGCUCCGGGGAAAACCACGGGGCUGUCUGGGCUCCAUGCAAUCAGAGAAGGCGCUUCGGAGCCAGACAGUCAAUAGCCCUGGUUAACUCCGCAUUCCAGCGGGCCAUGAGGGAAUCAGCUGAAAGGCCAUCAACUUGGGAUAAAACAUCCCCUACCACUGUCUGGAAGCCAAUUGGAUCCAUUAAGUAGCAGGGGCGGACCAUCCGAAUCAGUCCCACCUCCCUGCAUAGGGGAGGGGUCACGGAGAAGUCCAGUUGCACCAGGAAGUGAUCUGACCAUGGCUGACUUCUUUUGUUUCACUUUUAGUUAGUGUCAGAUCACCAACAUCCGUAGAGGUAAACACCAAGUCUAAGGCAUGUCCGCGGCUAUGAGUUGGACCAAACUUAUUCAGGGACAUCCCCAUGGAGGCCAUGCUUUCCACGAAGUCCCGAGCGGCCCCUUGUAAGCUCAUGUCGGCGUGGAUGUUAAAAUCCCCUAGGACAACCAAACUAGGUGUCUCCAGGAGAACAUCCGCCACGACCUGAAGCAGCUCGGACAGGGAAUCCUUGGUGCAGUGGGGAGGUCGGUACACCAAAAGGAAUCCUGUACUGCCCCUAUUGCCCAACUUCCAGAACAUGCACUCAGAAAACUGGGUCUUCCCAAUAGGACGCCUGGUGCAGACUAAUGACUUCCUAAAAAUCACUGCGACCCCCCCUCCCCGCCCACCUGACCUGGGUUGGUGUGCGUAAGAGAAACCUGGUGGGCAAGCAGCAGCAAGGACAGGCCCAUCUGCUUCAUCCAACCAGGUCUCUGUCACACAUGCCAGGUCAAAUCCUCCAUCCACAAUCAGGUCGUGGAUGGCAGUGGUUUUAUUCAUCAUUGACCUGGCAUUGCACAGCAACACUUUCAGGUCAUGUGGGUUUCCCUUGCCGAUUCCAGUAUCAGGACAAGACCUGGAGGCAGGGAUAGUCCUCAAACAAUGACUAAACCUGCCUCCUCGGUAAUGACAUGAUCUGGUCUUAGCAUAACUCCUCCUCCUGCCCGUGAUCACUGAGAUCGGGUGUCCCAAUACAUCCCCCCCUGUGGAACCUGCCCCAGCCAUUCUUUUGGCUGAGGCCCACUCCCAGGCAGCCCUGACCCUUCCCCUUAAAAAGCAAAAUACAAACUAUAUAGUAAUUUAACAGAAUAAAAAAUAAAAACAAAGCAAGAAACAAUUAUGUUAAAUUAAACUACUCCCCACCCUGACUAAAUACUUAUCCCACCCCAAGCAGAAAUAAAAUAAUAAAAUAUAAUAUUAUAAAAAAAUCAGCAUUUGUGCAGCAAAUUAAAAGCACUUAAAACAUUUAAAACCAUUUUUGUCACCUGCUGCAGGGACAAGGCACCUUCCUCACCCCCUGUUAAACUGACCAUCUCCGCAGUGGCCGUUGGAGGGAGAGGAGGGAGAGAAAGCAAAGGAGCCUACCCACCUGCCUUCCUUCCUCCCCGUCCCCGCCCCAGCCUUCACUUUCACACCUCUUUGUUCCUGUGAGAAGCCACAGCCGCACUCCGUCUCUCUCUCCUCCCCCUCUCUCGCAAUACGGCACAGCUCUUUUCUAUGCUUCUCCUCUUCUUCACCACCUCAGUGCCUCGCUCACCCCCCCAACUUGGGCACACAGAGCCCACGGCAGAAGAGCACUGUGGGCUCUUCUGCAAUGGGCAGCUCUGCACAAGUUUGGGGCAAGUGUUGAUCGAGGAAGCGAGCCAGAAGGAAGCUCUCUGGCUCGCACCUCUCUUUAAAUAGCCCCCCCAGUCAGCAGAUUGGCUGGCUGGAACUUUGACGUGGCCGGGUCCUCCGGUGCUGCUUGCUGCCAUGGCGCUCACCAUGUUGCCUCACCGGAAGACCCCAGGCAUAAAUCUGGGGACAUUCCGGGGACAGAUUUCGUCCGGGGACAGAUUGGUGAAUCUGGGGACAUCUGGUAACCCUAUUUUAGGAUAAAUGUUAAAUCGGUAAAGGCUAAGGCAAAGAAAUGUAAAGAGAAAGAUGGAGAUUUCUCUAUAUGUGGUGGACUUGUGAUAAAGUAAAAGCAUUUGGGGAACUGAUCUACAAUGAGUUAAAAAAGAUGUUUAGAUAUACCUUCCCCAAAAAACCAGAAGCAUUUUUGCUGGGUUUGCUGGGAGAGGAAAUUGCAAAGGUAGAUAAAAGAUUAUUUAUGUACGCCACGACAGCGGUGAACCUUAUUAGCCCAGAAGUGGAAAUUGCAGGAAUUACUAACGAUUGAGGAGUGGCAGAUGAAUAUGAUGGACUAUGUGAAAUUAGCCAAGCUGACCAGUAGAAUCCAGAACCAAGAUGACCAAAAAAUUCAAAGAGACUGGAAUAAAUUUAUUUGGUAUAUGAAUAAUUACUGUAAAAAUGUGAAGACACUAGCGGGAUUGAAAAACCCUGCAAUGAAAAUUUUAAAAACUUUUUAGACCAAAGAGACAGAGUUGAUUAUAAGGAUACAAAGGUCAGAAGUCAAAAAAGACUCUCCUCCUGCAAAAGAGGAGAGUGGUUGCAACCAGGUGCCUUCGAGGGGGCGUGUACGGCAGCGUAAAUUGCUGCGGCGCCAGCCUCCUGGCCUCACUCUUCAUCGUCCCGUCGCGAGUUACUCACCCUCCACUCCCUUAGAGCUCAGGGUCUCAGUUUUCUUUUGGCCUUGCUAUGGACCUUAGGUUGGUCGCCCUGGUUGUCCGGGGGGCCUGGUAGGAAUUUUUCCAUUUGGCAUUAGGCUUUUUGGGUUUUUUUGCCUACCUCGUAGCAAUCGUCACAACUUUCGUGGUAUUGGUGGGUAGGUUAGGCAUUGGAAUAAUGUGUUGUGGUGUGUGGAAGGGCUAGGUGUGGCCAUCGCCUACGCCUUCAGUUUUUGGGUAUUCCGUUAAAGGAAUCCGGCGGUCGUGUAUUCUGUCCGAUGCCUGCGUGGCGGGAGGCCAUGGCACGACCCUCGGUGACAUCAGGGGAGAGCUUAUAGUUGGAUUAGCAUCAACAGGCUCCACCUACUGGUGAAUAAACCCCCCUGUUUUAGACUCACCCCUCUCCGAGUGGGUGGAGUCAGCUGACGUAAUCCAAUGCCUAAGCCAAUACCUUUUCACUUGCUGUAAUCAAUAAAGUUGUGGCCUUUUCUUGCCCAUUAACCUUUUAACACGUGCCCUUGUGUUUUCAUUCCACUAUGCGGUGAACGGGUCCUCGAACCACAAUUUAAGUGCAGUAUAAAGACCUGAAAAUAAAAAAAAAUGGUUGAAGGGAUGGAGGGAAGUCACAAGCUCGGCAGAGCAAAAAGUAUAUUUGUUUGUUAUUGGAAUGUUGUAAAUACUGUGUUAAAAAAGAAAUUAAUUUUUUUUUUUAAAAAAGCAAGAGGAAAUUAAUGAGAACAAGAUAAUAUUUAUGGAUUAUUACAAAAAUGGAACUGUGUGAGAAUAUUGAUACGUUUUAAAGCACUGGGCUUCCACUGAAUCGCAAUUAGGGCUAUGCUUUUGAAGAUCUACCAUAGCUUUGUUGGGGCGCCAGAUCGUUAGUGGCUGAGUGUUGGAUGAGAAAGAUAAGUUGGAGACCUGCCCAGGGCUAUGGCUCGAUACCAGACCUUUUGUUAGACUUUGACAAACAAAAUAGCAUGUGACGCAAUGAAAAGUGGAAGCAGAGAUGCUGUAUUACUGGAUUACAACAAGAAGAAUGAAGAAACAAAUGGAAGCUUAACAUCUCACACAGAAAUUUUCAGGACAUAAACUCCUCUUGCGGAAAUAAAAUUUAUUAAAUAUGCAAUUACGAAUGAAAGUUAUGAAAUCAGUGGCUGUUAAAUAAAGGAUUGAGACCAGAACUGUUGUAAUUGGACUAAUCAAGAUUAUGGAAGCAGAUAGAAAGAAGAACUUUUUACCCUGAAGUCCAGCACACGGGACGUCACCCAAAAUUGUUUAAUUCUGUAUUUGAAUAAUUGACUUUUAAAAUUGUAUUGUAAUUUGGAAUUGUGAUAAUGUGGCUCUUAUUGGAUUAUUGUAAUUAAAAACUAAUAAAUAUUAUACACACACAUAAAAAAUGGACACAAUUUUAUUGAUUACAACUAUAGGUGGACUUUGGCUCAGCCAUUUUGUGUAGAGUUGUGCCUCAGAAGUUGAACAGAAUCCAUUCCGGAAGUCCGUUUGAAACAUUUGACUUGACUUCCAAAGCACUGCUUCUGAUUGGCUGCAGAAUUGGAAGCCACAGAAGCCCCGUCAGGCAUUCAACUUUCGAAAUAACGUUCGAAAACUGGAACACUCACUUCCGGUUUUCAAUCAUUCAGGAGCUGAAAAGUUUGACUCCCAAGGUGUUUGGGAGCUGAGGUACGACUGUACAUCUAUUUUAACCUCCUGUCAGAGGAAAUGACGGAGGGCUGAAAUUUUGAACAGGGCUGUGGUAAAGGUCCCCAGCCGCUCGCCCCUCCAUCACCUGCCUUUGCUCUCCGGCUGGGCCAGGUUUCUGGAGCAGGGCUGGCAGACACUUUAUUUUUCAGAAUCAGAACAUAACAGAACUGGUAAUGCUGCCACCACUCCCUUUGUCUCGGGGAACCCAGAGCCACAGACCUAGGGAGAAGGCCGUGUUGGGAUACUGCCAGGGAGACAAAGUCCAUCAUGGCCCCCAAGCCUGCUGCCGGACAAUCCAUCGAUCUCCCGUAGAUACAGUAUCAGCAAUUAGCGACACGAGUUUCUAGAAAUAGCUUGCCACAUUCCAGAGCUCAUGCACACUCUAUCAGCAGAUAAUUCACAGCAGAAGUUGCACGCAGGAGAGCAUUAUUUACAAGUUUAUUCAGCGUUGGUCAGAACAAAGGAAAACAUGACUGCCUGCAUCAGUGUCUCCAGACACAGAGAAACGAAAGCAAUAGAAAACAAAAGACACAACAGAAACAUCCUGUGGAAACCUGACUCACAAAGCCUGCUCCCUUUUAAGGUGGAACGGAAAUAUCCUAACAUCCUCCCCCUUUCCGUGUAACCUGUAAUACCUGUGGUUCAACCCAAUUGCAACCUUUGUACACAAACCUUAAGUUGUUCUCUGUUAAUAACCUUAGACAACAGAUCAGCAGGAAUUUCAUUUCCUGGCAUGUAGGACACCUGAAUGAGUCCUCUCUCCAUACACUCUCUUGCACGAUGUAGCUUAAUCUGCAAGUACUUGGUUCUUUGCUUGUAACUCUCUGAGUUCAGCAAAGCCAAACAGGAUCUAUUGUCUUGAUACACUUGUAUAGGACAUUUCACAGAAACUCUGAUGUCCUUAAACAGUUGCAUCAACCAUUCACAACCCAUGAGUGAAAAUGACAGUGCAUUGAGUUCUGCUUCACAGGAACUUAGGCUUACUGUCGCCUGCUUUUUGCACAGCCAGUCAAACAGACAGUGGUUGUACAUGUAGCAUACUCCAGAAGUGCUUGUACCAUCCGUGGUGUCACUUCCAAAACUUGCAUCUGCAAAGAUUUCAAGACCUCCAGUCUUCUGACUGGUGAACUUCAGCCUGUAGUGCAAAGUCCCUUUCAAAUAGCGGGCUAUGCGCUUUCCAAUCCUGAACAGUAGGAUUGUUAGCAUGUCUGCUAAGCAGGUUAGUGCUUACAGCUAUGUCAGGUCUUGAGCAUCUAGCAAUGAAAUUCAACUUGCCUAAAAUGCAUCUGUACAGCGUAGUGUCAGAAAACGCUUCAGCAGCACUGUCUACCUGGUAACCUGUCACCAUUGGUGUGUCUGCUGGGUUUGCAUCAACCAAAUUCAACCUGGUUAAUACAUCAGCAAUUUUCUGUGUUUGGUGUACCAGAAAAUUACCUGCUUGGUCCCUCUCCACCUGCAGAGAAAGAUAGUUGGAUACCUCACCAAGAUCCUUCAUGUCAAAGUGCUCCUUCAGCUGAGCUAGGGUGCUUUGGUAAAAAGCCUGAUUCUUCCAAAACAUCAGAAGAUCAUCAACAAAACAAACAAUACAGCUUGUUUUGCCCCUCCUCCUUGACAAACACACAUGGAUCAGCCUUGCCCUGGUGAAAACCUAGAGAAAGCAAUGUCUCAAUGAGUUUUGUGUUCCAACACCUGGCACUCUGCUUGAGACCAUACAAGGAUUUCCGCAGUUUACAGACCAUUCCCUUCUGUAUCUGCAUUCCAUCAGGUGGAAGCAUAAACAGCUCCUCCCCCAAAACCCCGUACAAAAAAGCUGUAUUAAUGUCAUGAUGGGAAACAUGCAGUUUCUCCUCUGCAGCUAUCUUGAGCAUCAGCCAAAUGCUCUCAUAUUUGAUGGUGGGUGAGUAGGUCUCGUGGUAAUCCUGUCCUGGUACCUGUGAAAAUCCUCUGGCAACCAAUCUGGCUUUGUGUCUGACAACCUUGCCAUUCUGGUCUGUCUUGGCCUUGAAGACCCAUUUGCUGCCAACCAGUCUCAUUCCUGGGACUACCGGUACCAGCUCCCAAGUUUGGUUCCUAUUCAAGGAAUCAACUUCAGCCUUCAUGGCAUUAAGCCAAGGCUCAGCAUCUUUAGAGGUUAACUCCUGAACCUCUUUGAAGCUUGAAGGUUCCCACACCUUCUCUGAGCUACUAAGAACAGCAGUUGCUGUCUUAGCAAACUCAUCAGCAAAUCUCUUUGGAGGUCUGCCCUUUGUGGCCCUCUCAGAUCUGCGUACUAGACGCAAGUCUUCUGGACUCAUCUCUUUCUUAGGAGAAAAGUGACCAAUGGUGAACAUAGGUUCUUCCAGUUCAUUGUCAGACGCAUCAGAUGGUCUGACUGAGGCCUUUGCGCUCUUGUAGUCUGCUGUGUCAUCACUGUCGCCGACACCAGCAGCAGCGCCGCCCACUGAGCUGGAAUCCGAACUCUGAUCAUCAUCAUCAUCAUCAUCAUCAUCAUCAUCAUCCUCAGCUUCCUCAACAUUAUCUGCUUUCUUCACAUCACCUUCAUCCUCCUCUGGGUAAAUCUGGAAAAUUCCCACAUUUCCCCCCCACUUAGGAUUGUACUCAACACUCUUUGUGAACUUAAUGGAUUUAGAGUCAGUCAUCCAUACCCUGUAUGCUCCUUUUUCGUACCCCAUGAACAAACCAUGUGCCCCACGCUUCCCAAGCUUGUUGCUCUGUGGGGUGUGUACCCACAUGUCAGAACCAAAGAUUCUCAUGUGCUUGAUGUUGGGUUUCUUUCCAAACAUCUUCUCAUAGGGGGUACAACCAAUAGGUGAUGACAAUCUGCGAUUAUAAGUGUAAACAAAAUUGGACAGAGCCUCCCCCUAAUACUUAUCAGGGAGAUUGGCAUCAUGCAACAGUGUUUUCAUUCCUUGCAGCAACAUUUGAUUUGCUCGCUCCGCAAGUCCAUUCAUCCAUGGCGAUCUAGGCGUUGACAAGUCAUGCUGGAUUCCCUUCUCAGUCAGGAAAGCUUCAAACUGCUGAGAAGUGAACUCCCCGCCCCGAUCAGUAAAGAACCAACCAAUGCGUUUACCAUGGACAUUUUCCAACCAAGCACAGAAUGCCUUGAACCUAGGAAACGCUUGCGAUUUCUGCUCGAGCAUAAACACAUGAAUGUACCUGGAAAAAGAAUCAAUUAGAACCAUGAAGUACCUUGCUCCUCCCAAAGAGGGUGCAAGUGGACCAACCAGGUCUGCGUGCACUAGCUGGUAGGGUUUGGAAGCCUGCCUGCUAGACUCCUUGCCUUUUGGAGCAACCUUCACCUUGUUCUCUGCACAAGAUACACAUUUCAUGUGAAACUUACAGGGUUUGAUGUUCAAACCCUCAACCAUCUCUGGUAUCUUGGUCAGUGCCUUCCAAGAGAGGUGACAAAACCUUCUGUGUGCAUCAUGAAUGCAUCCUGCAUGAAGAACUUUGUUAGUUUGUGCAACACAACAAGAAUCAGCAUUAGACACAACAGCACCAUUGUCAUCAUAAGUUAUACAGAACAAACCAUCCAUAAACUUUGCAUGCAAAAUGUCCUCUUUGCCUUUUCUGAUGACACAGACACUCCUCUUGAAGGAAAUCUCAAAGCCACGCCCAGUCAACUGUGGGACACUGAGCAAAUUGUCUGCAGCGCCUGGAACAUACAGUACAUCUUUGAUGGUCGUGUGCAGACUUGCCAGUCUCACAGUCCCUUCUCCUGCAAUUCGCAACGUCUUUCCGUCAGCCAGGUGGAGCUCACCUUCUUGAGGCUUGAAGGAGAUAAAGAGAUGGCGGUCCUUUGAGACAUGGCGGGUACACCCCGAAUCAAUAAUAAACCUGGCCUUAGCCUUUGGAGCAGCCUUUGCAGCAAGCAAAACCUUGUUUUCCACCGGCGUGGGCUUUUGCAGCUUGCCCCCCUGCUCCUGGCCAUCAGACUUGCCUUUAGCCUUUGGUGAAGCUGUGCCAGCAAACAAAGCCUUGUUUUUCCCUGGCUUGGGCUUUCCACCCCCCCUCUGCUUCUUGCCAUCUGCUGGCUUCUUCCUUUGUUUAUUUCCAGUCUUUGGACAAAACUUCUUAGUGUGACCUUGGGUCCCACAGUUCCAGCACUUCACAGCUGCCACAGCUCCAGCUCCCCCUGGAGGCUGGAAUGCUGUCCCACAUUGCUCCCCCUGGAGCGCACAAGCCGAUUCAGCUGCAUUCCUUCUAUCGUACUUGUUUUGCAAAGUCGCCAAGACCUUUGUAGCAGUGAGGUCUUGCGCAGGGAGGGUCGCCAGCUGACUUGCCACGGCAUGGUAGCUUUCAUCCAGGGAGUCCAGAAUGAGAAUUGCAAACAGUGACUCAGGCAUAUUGAAACCUCUCUGAGUUAAUUCCUGUCUGAGAUGCUGCAAGUGUAAAACGUGGGCUCUAAGGUCUUUCCCUGGCUCCAAACGCUUCCUGUGCAGCUUUCUGAAAUAAAGCAACACAGACCCAGCCUCUUGUCGGAGAUGAUAGGCUCUAAGCCCGUCCCACAUCUCACGGGCACUGGCCUUGCCAGCCAGGGUGAUUAACUCUUCAGGAGCUACUGAGAGCAAUAUUACCCCCAUGGCUCUUGAGUCCUGUGCCCUCCAAUCAUCUGUCACAGGGGCUGGGGGGUUCUCAGAAACGGUAUUCCACACUCCAAGCUUUCUCAUCUGGCCCUCACAGUACCUUGCCCAGGUCUGAUAGUUGUGGCCAUUUAGCUUUGGUGGAGACGGAGCAGCUUCUGAGGAUUGUAAAAGAUCCAUCUCAGCCUUUUACUUGAGCCGUGAGUCUUUUUCACUUCAGAGACUCCUUAUCUUGGCUCUCAUUAAUCACGAAACCUGCUUGGCUAGGCUUCCAGGCCAAUUAGGCCAGCCGGACAUCAAAAGCUCUUGCCGCGGCAAACAGAAAAGCCUUAUUUUCGCUUUUCCGCCACAUACCUCAGCGCAGUCUUACUCUCCUGUAAGUGCUGUGAAUCUGGGCCCGAAACCUGUUGUUGGGAUACUGCCAGGGAGACAAAGUCCAUCAUGGCCCCCAAGCCGGCUGCCGGACAAUCCAUCGAUCUCCCGUAGAUACAGUAUCAGCAAUUAGCGACACGAGUUUCUAGAAAUAGCUUGCCACAUUCCAGAGCUCAUGCACACUCUAUCAGCAGAUAAUUCACAGCAGAAGUUGCACGCAGGAGAGCAUUAUUUACAAGUUUAUUCAGCGUUGGUCAGAACAAAGGAAAACAUGACUGCCUGCAUCAGUGUCUCCAGACACACAGAGAGAAACGAAAGCAAUAGAAAACAAAAGACACAACAGAAACAUCCUGUGGAAACAGGAAAUACGCAGACUCUGACUCACAAAGCCUGCUCCCUUUUAAGGUGGAACGGAAAUAUCCUAACGGGCCGUGCCCCGUUAUUGCUGGUUACCCCACUCUACAAGUUGUUUCCACAUACUUGCAGACAGAAAUUCUCAGGUAGAGCGCAACCAAGAAGUUAGGCAUUGGACUUAGCUUUCCCCUCUGGAUAGGCACACAGAACAAGAAAAGUUUCUUUCUUAAAAUUUAUUUUAAAAACAUAAGGAUAACAUGCUUAAAAAGCAGGCCCUUCUUUUGUGGAUUACAAGCUAAGAAAAAACAACAACAUUGUAGAAUAUAACUGACUAAUACUCACUUCUAACACCUAGAUAGAGAUAAGGUAAUUCAAAGUCCUUCAGAUGAUCCGCGUUCAAAGACAAACAGGAAUCUCCAUCACAAAGAGGACGACGACUGUAGCCAGGUGGGCUGCUAACAGCCGGGCAAUGUUGCAAGUUGCAGAGAACGCUUUUCCAGCCAUUCUCAAGAUCUUUUAUCCCCAAUUUGCAUGUGGAACCAGAACCCCCAGGUCCAAUCACAAUCCUUGGUUACAUUCAAAUUCUCCAAUGACCUGCUUGUGGGCUAAUAAUUUUAACUUGUGACAGCUGGGCUAAUUAAGGCUCCAGAACCUAGAUCAAAGGUGUUUCCUUCCUUCCGUGGAGCUUCGUGGAGGUUAUGCAGAUGCAUAUUCUCAGGCAAUUAAAGGACAGAUAACAACACUGGGUGAAUGUGCAUAACUUUAAUCCCAGGUGUCAAACCUUCAAAUUAACCAGAGAGUUCCUCUCCCAUAAUAAACAUUUUACACCCUUGGAGCCUGCUGAUCUGCGGGUUAAAGCAACAUGACCUAGUUCCCAUAAUUCUUGUGGCUUGCUGAUUUCCCACAAGGCCUUGUUCUCUGCUUGACCAAAGAACAGCUUCUUGAAAUGUACUAACUUUACUACAAGGGCCCUGCCAAGGAUUAUGGCCUCCCUAAGAUCUACUGAGGUAGUCAUCACCAGGCUGCCAUUGGAAGCUCUAUGGCCCAUCUCCCCCCAGUUGACUUCUGGACAGCGACUUCCACCUGGACCCCUCUUACGGUUUGCCCCCAAGUUCACCUGGUUUAGGUCAGGGUGAUGCACUAAUUCACCUCUCUUACUCUUUGGCGAUCACUCGUAGCCGAGUAAGAUUGUCUUCCAUGAAAACAGUUUUAACAAUGAGUCAGUAAAUGACUGUGGAGGCCAAUUUUGGAUCCACACAUCCUUCCACAGUGGGGACAUUGGCUUCCGGAUGGGAGUUGAUCAUGGUGUGGAUUUGCCAAGCGUUCCUCCCUCUUAGCCCGUUUCUCCCUUGCAUCCUGAGUUCAAGUGUCUUCAAAGCCCAUGACAUCUUUGGUAAAGGCUGUUCUCCACUUGGAGCGCUCGCAGGCAAGUCUUUCCCAAUUGUUGGUAUUUAUACUACAUUUUAAAAAAUUUGCCUUGAGACAGUCUUUAAACCUCUUUUGUUGCCCACCAGCAUUACAUUUUCUAAUUCACCCAUAACCUCGAUGACUAGGAUUCCACCCAGUGGAAUAUGGACACUAUUUGAGAACCAUAGCAAAGUCAACUGCAGUAGGCACAGGAAGCAAAGCAAGGUUAAGACAAGUUUAAAAACAGAAGCAUGAGGGAGGGAGGGUUUGCUCUUUGGUCAACUGUACUGCCAGUGUCAGGUGCAGCUGGCUUUUAACCCUGGUCAGUGAAGAAAAGUGAGAACUUUGCCACUCUGGUCUGCCAUCCCAGCUCCUCCCACUUGGCUGCCCUCGCAUGUUUGUAUUUGUCAUGUAGAAAGUCCAUUGUGGAUGUUAACCAAACAGGAAUAUUCAAAGUGUCUUUUUUCAUCAUGCCAGUAUGUUUGGGCAGUAUGAACACCAUAUGACUAAAGUGAGAAGAACAAUAAUGUGUCUGAAACCACCCAAAGAAAUGAGAUUUGAACAGGGCUUCCCCCCAAGCAGGAACUCACAGGAACUGAGCUCCAGCACCUCUCAGGUGGGUGUCGCUGCCAUUAUUAAAGAACAAAUGGAGAUGUUCAUGGGAAGCUCCAGCACCUAUUUUUCUUGAAAAAUAGCACUGGAUUUGAACCAUCUACCUGCUGAUUGAUGGUUUUUACUCUUAAUUAGAACACUAAACUAGCGUUUACACUUUGACAAACCUUUUGUUAAACUGAGACUGCCUACUUGCCUGGAAGAACAUCAAAUGGAACUCAGUGAAAAUUACACCAGAGGAUUAUCCUGGAAGUUAUGCAAGACCAAACCAAUCAUAUCAAUCAGAUAUGACUUGUUAUUCCAAGUAGGUGGUGUUUGGUCGUGACAAAUAAUGUUAACCUAUUUAAAGUCAUGUUGUCUGUCAUUUCAUUCCGCGGAACCUAAGUACAUCUUCUCGGUGACUGAGGAGCAGUCUUGUAUAUCUGGGCUGAAAGAUGGAUUUGCUUCCACGCCAAUCAAUGAUAUGGCUCUUCAUAAUGGGGGCAGGCUUGGUCCAAGUGCUUAUUAGUUCAGGAAUAUUGUGGAAAAGAAGAAGUGUAGACCCAGAAGCAACUAUGAAUAUUGUAAGCCAUUUUCCUUUUCCUUUCUCAUCUUCUUACCUCAAGGCAUCUUUGACAAUUAGUGUUGCUUAAUGGUGCUGUACGCCACAUCCUUGAAGUUAAUUUUCCAUGGACUGCUGGGGUUUUAGGGGACAAGAAAAUAUUUAUUAUAAUAUUUUGAAGUAGUAGCCUGCCCUCCCAAUGCAUCAUUGCUGAGGGCAGCUUGGAAUUUUUUUUUAUUUUAAAAUCUCAAUAAAAUUCCCAACAUUUGUUUCACGGAACACCAGUACUCUGUGAACAUCAAUUAGGUGCUCUGCAGUAGCAACUCUAGCAUCCUGCAUAGUGCAUUAUAAUUGUUCAGCAGCAAGAACAAAAAUCAUUCAGUGGUCCACCAAGUCCCUCAGCAAUUUUCAAGUGGUCCAAGGGAAGGGGAGAGCAGAGGAGUUUGGGAACAACAGCCAUAAAAAUGUAGAACAGCAGCAACAGCAGCAAUUGGCUGGGAAGGUAUUCUGGGAAGACAUUCUGCAACAAAAGGCUCCCUUCGUUUCUAAUUUCAGCAGAGGGAGGCAGGUAAUCAGUUCUUGGAUUUCUUUAGAACUGACAAAUAAGUGAUUGUGUGAGAUGGUUUUACUACCUUAUCUGGCUUAUCACCCAUCUGCACACUCCAGUUAUCAAUUGUAUCAUGUGGAAAAUAAGUGUUUAGUAAUGCUUUUUUUCCAGGGGGUACUCAAGGAUACACAGUACCGGCACCUCUUCUUGUUUGUUUGUUUGUUUGUUUGUUUGUUUAAAAGUAUGGGACUUACUAUAAAAACUUCAUGGUGAGUACCAGCACCUAUUUUUCUAGAAAAAAGCAGUGGUCUGUAGACAUCUUACAGUUGCUUGUUAACCUGUCCAACCACACCAUCUCCACCCUGCAGAGCGAAAUUAUUUCUUUCAGAGGAUAUCCCAGUGAGGAAUAUGAAGUGGUGACAGACGAUGGUUAUAUUCUGAGUAUUAACAGAAUCCCUCAUGGCAAAAGAAAUCAGUCAAACAAGGGUGAGUGUGUGCUUUGAGGUAUAUAUUGUGUGUACGCAUAUAUACAAAUGUUCGAAAUUUUGGGGAUUUAUUAUUAUUAUUAUUAUUAAAUUAUGAAUUCUUGCUUUGCUAAAAUUUGAUUUGGUGCAAAAGAACAUAGGCAGUUUGUUUGGUAAUGUGCACUAUUAUUAUGAUUGUUGAGUGUGUCCUUCUUCUAUUUUUUCUAUAAUAUUGCAAAGGAUAGGCCAUAUAGGUAGUUGAGGUCAAGUGCUUCUUACUCCUUUCCUGAACUAUUAAAGAAGUAAGGAAAUAUGGUGACAAGGAGAUGAGGAAGCUGGAAUAAAUAGUUCAUAGUCCAUGUUGACAGCAGCCAUUUUCUGUGCUGACGUAGCUGUGCUCUCCAUACCUUCUUGACCCAAGUAAUAGGGAACUGCAUGCAAUCUUUUUUGUGGGGGGAAAUCUCUUUAGUUGCAAAAGAGUGUUUUUGCAGUUAUUUAAGAUAUAUGUUCUUCGGCCAUUUAUAGGGGUCACAGCCUGAAUUAAAAAAAAGGAGAAAAACACCAGGGCUGUGAAAAGUUGGUGACACUGCCAAUUCCAUUGCCCAAUGGCUUUGUGUGUUGUAUGCAGCUUUUUCUUGAGUGAGAAGUGAAAUGCAAGGGGGGGGGGGAGGGAACCAAAUCAUGCUGGAAAUGCCAAAAGAUGUAGGGCAUCUUCUUCCACAUGUGGUAGGCAUGUAAACAAGCCAAAUAUACUGGAAAAUGAUUUAUGGGGAACUGAAAAAAAUAUUAAAGAUGACACCCUCCCCCAAACCAGAGGCCUUCCUCUUACGAGUAACAAACUCUGAUAUCCCCAAGUAGGUACUUACUCUCUUCUUGUAUGCGACAACAGCAGAUUGAGUAAUCUAUACACAAAGGUGAAAAGACCAAGAAAUCCCAACUAAAGAGGAGUAGCAAAAUAAACCUUAGGCAUGCCUUAGACCUGGUAUUUACCUCUAUGGAUGUGGGUGAUCUGACACUAAGUAAAAGUGAAACAAAAGAAGUGCCAUGGUCAGAUCACUUCUUGGUGCAACUGGACAUCUCUGCAACCCUUCCCCUCUGCAGGGAGGUGGGACCAAUUCGGAUGGUCCGCCCCCCCCCCUUAAUGGAUCCAAAUGGUUUCCAGAGAGUGGUAGGAGAUAUUUUAUCCUAUGUUGAUGGCCUUUCAGCUGAUUCCCUGGUGGCCCGCUGGAAUGCAGAGUUAAGUAGGGCUAUCAGCUGUCUGGCUCCAAAGUGCCUACUCCGACUGCAUGGAGCCUGGACAGCCCCAUGGUUUUUCCCAGAGCUGAGGGCAAUGAAACAAUCAUUGAGAUGGCUAGAGCACCAGUGGCCGAGAAUUAAUUCUGAAUCGGACCGGACACAGAGCUCAACAUUGAGCCUACCAAGUGGCAAUAGUGACGUUGAAGAGGACCUUCUUCACUGCCUCUAUUGCAUCUGCAGAAAACAGCAGCAGGAGACUCUUUCAGGUGGUUCCUAAUUUAAUGGAACCACCUGUGCCAUUGGGGCCUGAUAAGGCCCCCAAGACCUCCUGCAAUGAUUUUGCAAAAAAUAAUAAUUUGCGGUUAAAGUUGCUCAGAUUCGGAAUGAGGUAGACUGCACCAUGGGAGCAGGGCUGGGGUGGGAAAGUGCUAGAGUCCUGUCUAGUCAAGUUGCAUGGGAUCAAUUCCAAUCUGUUACCUCCAAGGAUGUGGACAGGCUGCUUGGACGAGUGAAACCAACUAUCUGUCUCCUUGAUCUUUGCCUAUCCUGGCUAAUAAAAGCGAGCCAGGAAGGGCUGGGCGAUGGGCACUGCAGGAUGGUGAAUACUACCCAGCCCUGCUGAAAGAGGUGGUCAUUAAACUGCUUCUUAAAAAAACACCUUUGGACCCGCCCGAUAUGGCCAACUAUCGCCCAGUCUCAAAUCUUCUAUUCUUGGGAAAGGUGAUUGAGUGGAUGGUUGCAGAACAACUCCAGGCACGCCUGGAGGAUGCGGACCAUUUUGAUCCCUUCCAAUCAGGAUUCAGGUCAGGUCUACCUCUCUUUUAAAUCAGAACCAGUGAAGGCGGUGAAGGUCCUGUGUGAGUGCCUGGAGGUGGUUGGAGGAUGGAUGGCAGCUAACAGAUUGAGGUUGAAUUCUGACAAGACAGAAGUACUAUUUUGGGGGGACAGGGUGUGGGCGGGUGUGGGGGACUCCGUGGUCCUGAAUGGGGCUACUGUGCCUCUGAAGGACCAGGUGUGCAGCCUGGGAGUCAUUUUGGACUCACAGCUGCCCAUGGAGGCACAGGUCAAUUCUGUGUUCAAGGCAGCCGUCUACCAGCUCCAUCUGGUACGCUGGCUGAGACCCUUCCUGCCCGCAGACUGUUUCACCAGAGUGGUGCAUGCUCUAGUUACCUCCCACUUGGACUACUGCAGCACGCUCUAUGUGGGGCUACAUUUGAAGGUGACCCAGAAACUGCAACUAAUCCAGAAUGUGGCAGCUAGACUGGUAACUGCGAGUGGCUGCCGAGACCAUAUAACACUGGUGCUGAAAGAACUACAUUGGCUCCCAGUACAUUUCUGAGCACAAUUUAAAGCCCUAAACAGCCUCGAUCCAGUAUACCUGAAGGAAUGUCUCCACCCCCAUCGUUCAGCCCUGACACUGAGGUCCAGCUCCAAGGGUCUUCUGGCAGUUUCCUCACUGUGAGAAGUGAGGUUACAGGGAACCAGGCAGAGUGCCAUCUCGGUAUUGGUGCUCGCCCUGUGGAAUGCCCUCCCAUCAGAUGUCAAGGAAAUAAACAACAAUCCGACUUUUAUUUUAUUUUUUUACUAACUUUUUUAUUCAAAUAAAACAUAUUAUCCAAAAACAUAUCAUCCUUAUUUCCCCAUUUUUCCUGACCCCCUGACUUCCCUCAGUUCCAGUCUUUGAUUUCUCUAAAAAUGCUAUUUUCUGCAUGUUACACAGUUGUCUAGAUCCUCAAACUAUUUAGCUGAUUAUUAUCAAUAAAAAGUUUGUGAAUGUUUUUUCAAAGUCAGCCAAGGAGUCCAGUUCGCUUUGUUGCAUUUUCAAAUACUUUGUAAAGGGUUCCCCUUCAUUCCCAUUUAAAGUCCCAUUCAUUCCCAUUCCCAUUUAAAGUCACAGUUAUCCUUGUCCAGUAGCUUGUAUGUCAGUUUUGCCAGUUCUGCAUAGUCCAUCAAUUUUUCUUGCCAUGAUUCUUCAGUUGGGGUUUCUUCAGUCUUCCAUCCUUGUGCUAUUAAAACUCCUGCGGCCGUUGUCGCAUACAUGAAGAUGUUUUUCAGCUUUUUUGGCAGAUCUUUUCCUACAAUCCCUAACAAAAAUGCUUCAGGUUUUUUAACAAAUGUUAAAUGGAACAUUUUCUUCAAUUCGUUGUAUAUCAUUUCUCAAUUUUUUAAAAUUACCUGACAAUCCCAGCACAUAUGAUAAAAUGUCCCCUCCUUUUCCUAACAAUCCGACUUUUAGAAGACAUCUGAAAGCAGCCCUGUUUAGGGAAAUUUUUAAUGUUUGAAGUUUUAUUCUGUUUUUAAUGUUCUAUUGAAAGCCACCCAGAGUGGCUGGGGAAACCCAGCCAGAAGAGUGGGGUAGAAAUAAUAAAUUAUUAUUAUUAACCAAAAAUUUGGGAUCAAGAGGGGACACUGCUAAGGAAGGAGUGUAAACCCUUUGUAGAGUACUUGAAGAGGUAUAACAGUCAGAUAGAUUUACAAGACGGACCUGAACUGUGAGCAGCAGAAAUUAACAAUUUGGGUAUUAUGUAGAGUGAAUGAGGGUGGUUAAAGGCAAUUAACAUAUGUAUGUAUUAAAAUUUGAGGAAAUUCUUAAGUAAUUAUAAUAAAAGAAAUGCAAAGGACAGUCUAAGGGUGUUGCUUUUUUGAAAGAUAUUAGGGCUACCUAAUACCUGAGAAGCAAAGGUGGUGUAAUGAAGGAAGGGCAGGAGGACUUAGCUACCUGCUUCCAGUGCCAAGCUCCCAAUAUAAGAUUAUAAUUGAGUAAAAUGGCUUAAAAUGUAAGAAUAAGAUGACUUUUUGAAUAAUAAGAUUAUAUUGAAUAAGAUGACUAAAAAUAUAUCAGUUCAAGAAUUUGUAAUGUCACUGGCUCACUUAUGCAGAUGUGGUGGCAAUGCCCCCAAGUUUUUUUGUUUUGGAAAAAAGCUUUUUCAUGAAGCAGGCCUUAUGACAAAACAGCAUAUCCCUUUGGAUUCUGAAACAACACUUCUAUCAUAAUAGUCAGAAAUAUUUUAACAGCUUUCCCCAAAAUGUAUCAUUAGUCAUUUAAUGACUGCAGUGUAGUAUUGCAAGGUGUUGGAGGUUUCUAAAGGCAGACUUGUUUGAGAUCUGGAUCUCACCACUCUGUGAUUUAACAUUCAUGGACAACCUGACAACCCAUGUCUGAAGAGAGCAAAACAGACAAGGCAAGGUUGGGGGAGCUUGACCUGGUGUUGCAUGUAGAGGUGAGGGAAUUGGAUUGGCUCCGCCAGCAUGCACUUCUCCCUUUCCCUUCUUGCUCUCCGUAAGCACCAGCAACCCAGUUUGCUGGGAAGCCAUGAGAGUAACAUUGCCCCACCUGCACCACUUCACUGGCUGCUACUUGAAAUAUGGAAUGACAACAACUGCCAUUCAAAGUUCUGAUGGAUCACUGUCUUGUUGGAAAGAAACACUGAAGUUACCUCUUAUAACUAUACUUAAAAGACUUCUAUUGCAGAUCCGAAGCCCGCAGUGUUUCUGCAACAUGGCUUGUUUGGCAGUAGCCAUAACUGGGUGUCAGAUCUGGACAACAACAGCCUGGGCUUCAUACUGGCUGAUGCUGGCUAUGAUGUUUGGCUAGGAAACAGUAGAGGGAACACCUGGUCCAUGAAACACAUUAAUUAUACUGUGGAGCAAGAAGAAUUCUGGCGAUUCAGGUAGAGUGAUCUUUCUAAACUUCAUUAUGUGUUUCUGGUUCCUAGUCUUCCUUUUGGGGUUUUUAAUCUGCCAUACUCUUCUCUCUUCUUCUGUUUCAACAUUGAACAGCACCCUGACAAUCUAAAGGUAUAGAAAUAUAUUUCCAAGUAAAUAUAAUUGGUAGUUGUUUCUUUAAACAAACAAACAAACAGCGCAUAUUGUUCAUGUGGGGAAUUAGAUGCUCUGAUGAAGACUGGAAGAUGAUAAGAUCCCCCAAAGAUGUUCUCUAUGGGGAGCUGACUUCAGGCAGCAGGCCCACUGGCCGACCAACUGUGUAUUACAAAGACGUUUCCAAACAUGAUGUGAAGGCUAGCAACAUCAACUCCACCUUGUGGGAAUCUCUUGCAGACAACAGCAGUGCCUGGAGACAGAUAGUUAGGUGGUAUAUUCACAGUAAAGAACAGAGGAGAAAUUACCACUGGGAUGAGAAAUGGCAUGGUACACCUGCAUCAGUAGAACCAGAUGCCUUCAUCUGCCCCAGCUGUGACAAAACAUGUCUCUCCUGUACAAGCACAGCAGGCACUGUAACUCUUUGACAAAUAAAUAAAAAAUAAAAACUGGUCUAGUAGCACCUUAGAGACUAACUAAGUUUGUUCUUGCUAUAAGCUUUGACAUUUUGACUUCAUCCUCGAAGGCACACUCUUCCUGACCCAGAUGGAUGUUGGCAACUGUCACAUUGCAGGAACCCUAUGGCCACUGUGAACUAUUUGGUGGACUUUUAAAGUUUUCAGUGAAUAGCUCAUAGUGUUUCAUUGACUGCUAGUGAACAGUGCCAGUGGAAAUAUUUAAAGAAGAUGAGACAUGGCUUAAUUUAAAUCAGAUUGUUUCACAAAUGUUCAGAGAAUUGGUAGUCCAUGGAGGAGGUGAUCUCUGGUUUGCCAGAUAUUGUAUUGCAUUGGCUGGAGAAGUCUGUAUGCAAGUCUGUAAAACACAGUCUGUUAUUCCUUUUCUUUGCAGUUUUGAUGAAAUGGCUAAAUAUGACCUUCCAGCUUCAAUAAAUUUUAUCCUGAGAAAAACUGGACAAGAGAAAAUAUUUUAUGUUGGUCAUUCCCAGGGCACCACAAUGGGUAGGUUAGGAAGCUUCUGAAACACAUGUUGCCAAUUCUAAUAGCAACAUGUUUAUUUGUACAGUUGGUGUUGUAUAUUAAUUUCAAGAGAGAUUUUGGUCAUAGUACAGUGGUUACACAUAGAGCCACUGGACAUGGAGAACCAUCUUGAAUAACAAUCCCUGUGUAGGUUUCCUGCAUUUCCCCCUUAGUAACAUUUCCCAUAAAAGAAAUGUUUCAAAGCUGCUAUGGACUUAGAGAAAGAAGUGUAUGGAAUAUAAUACAGUGGUACCUCGGGUUAAGAAUUUAAUUCAUUCUGGAGGUCUGUACUUAACCUGAAACUGUUCUUAACCUGAGGUACCACUUUAGCUAAUGGGGCCUCCCACUGCUGCUGUGUGAUUUCUGUUCUCAUCCUGAAGCAAAGUUCUUAACCCGAGGUACUAUUUCUGGGUUAAUGGAGUCUGUAACUUGAAGUGUCUGUAACCCGAGGUACCACUGUACUCCCCUCACAAACCUUGUUUUAUGUGCUUUGUGUUGCUUCAGUUCAUCUCAGCUGGCAAAGUCUUGUUUAAUUUGAAUAAAAUCCUGGAUUUCAAGCCAGGAUCAAACCUGGUUUGUAGUUGGAAUUUAAACAGAAGUUUCUGAGUCUGGAUGUAACAGGAAACUGUAGCUUAACAAUCCUGGAAGUACGGUACUUUAUUAAGGCUCCCAAGAGGAGGGGACAUGAGUGUGUACUUUCCAAUAUUUCGUUUGACUAGAAGCAUGUGACAUAAGCCAUUCCUCACAGGUCUUACAAUAAUGUAUACAGUCAAACCUCGGUUGUCAAAUGUAAUCCAUUCAGCUUCUGAAACAUUUGACACUGGGGAGUGACUUCCAAUUGGUUGCAGGAGCUUCCUGCACUCAAGCGGAAGCCGCGUCUGACAUUUGGCUUCCGAAAAAUGUACAAAAACUGGAGCAUUUACUUCUGGGUUUUCGGUGUUUGGGAGCCGAAAUGUUCCAAAAGAGAGCCAUUCAGGAACUGAGGAUUGACUGUACUUUAUUGCUUUUGUGUUAUGAGAAAAGGCUAAGAUUUUUUUCUUGUAUUGUGAUCAAGGCAGUAGUGCUUGCUAUAUUCAUUUAUCUUCUAUUUCUUGCUAUAUUCAUUUAUCUUCUAUUUCUAUUUCCCAUCUUGUUUCUUAGCAUUCAUUGCAUUUUCAACCAUGCCACAGCUCGCCCAGAAGAUAAAAAUGUUCUUUGGAUUGGCACCAUUGGUCAACACGGUUUAUUCUUUCAGCCCAAUAUUAGCUGUGAUCACUCACCUUCCUGAAUCCUUGGUAAAAGUAUGCAUUUUGGACCAAAUAUUUGUUUAAAAUAGAGGGUGCAAAUAUCUCUGGCUGUAGCUAAGAACUUGGGAAUGUAUCCAUCAUUUGACCUGAGGCCAUUUGUCAUUCUCAUAGACACCUAAACAGUUCAAGCUGGCGAAUGCUGAAAUUUGGUAACAGGGUGUUGCUCAGUCUAAGCUGAUCUGUAAAAACUGGGGUGCCCAUUUUUCUGUCUUGCUGUAAGUAGCAUGGGUGCCAGCACAAAACACCUGCUGCGGGCAGGAAAGAAAGAGGUGCUGGUGUGAGAACAAUCCUCAAGUGCCCAAGCAAAAGGACUUGGUACAAACUUACAUGAAGAUCUUGAUAGUAUGAUGGCAGAUUACACCUGUGCGUAACUCAGCUGCCUUUAAAGCAAUAAUGCUGAACAGUUAUAGGAGCGCGUAUUUAUUACAUUAUUGGUUUAUUUUAAGUAUUAAACAAUGUAUGACUAUAGGACAAGAGAGCCAAACCAAUCUACUGAGAAAUAACUUGGGAUGAUCACAGUGUGGUGGGCAGUUACAGGCACAUGAGCCCAUUUUCUGGGCUCAGAAACAUUUGCUGAUUGUGUUGGAGGCUUUUGGGGGCUUCUGUGUUGGCCAAAUGUCCCCCUCACCCACUUUUAGCUCAGUAAUUCAUACAACAACAUUGUAACAUGAUCAGUUUUGUUCCCAGAUUAGAGUCUGGUUGGUGGGAGGAUUGAGAACGAGAGAUUGUGGAUUGUCUAAAGCCCCAUACUGACUGUGGCUAGGGGGAUACUUGAUUACCUUGGGGGCUUUAUGAUUCACAGCUCACCCUUGGCUUCUAUGCUACACUGCUUCUACCCUAGACAAAAGCAGAUUGAAGUGCCCUUUUCAGAUUGUAGGAACAGCCACUCCUUGUAUUCUCAACCUGGAGAAGUCAGAAGACAAGGCAGUAAAAUCAUUCUCCCUUAUGUUACCAUGUAGACAAUAGAGAAGGCGUCAUUUGCUGAAAUUACUAGGGAAUUAAGUAGGAUUGCCAUAUUUCAAAUUGCUGAGCUUUUUUGCCCAACAUCUGUGCACUACUUCUGAAUGUGGUAUUUUGGAUAUGUCCGGACGUAUGGCAACCCUAAAUUAAGUGAUUUCAAGCACAGCACAACUAUUUGGCUAUUGGCUAUUUGUGGCUAGGUUUGCACAACAGCAAGUCUUUUGCAUAUUUGGGCUCCUACUGAAAUGAUGUUCCUGAACCACGUUGCAAGGGCGCCAGUUGCACAUUGCAUACAUCUCAAGAGGCACUUUAACUGUGUCAUCCUGUCUCUUCGAUGGCUGAAAUUACAAUGUCCAUGUCUUGAAUAUAGCAGAAGGUCCUUUUGUUUGACUAUGCAUGUGGGAUUUGAAUUAUUGCUGUCAUCAUUAUUAUGGCCAUGGAUUGUUGAAUGGGCAUUCUAGCCUAACAAUCUGAGUAGAAGAUUCUCAUAAUACUGUUUGUGAUAUUUUCUUGCUACCCGAUAUUGCUGGAAGUAUCUCUAGGGAAGCAGUCUUGACUAACAAAAUGACCUGUGUACUAAUGUUUUUGUUUUGACAGGUAAUAUUUGGAACCACGCACUUAAGUGCUCAAAGCAAAACUUCUAAAUGGUUUGCUACUAACCUGUGUAAUCGUUUCUUACUUGAUCAUGUUUGUGCCAGUGUUUUCUUCCUAGGGAUGGGCUUUAAUGUGAAAAACCUAAAUCUGGUAAGAUUUCUAACUACAUAAUAGGAGGUAAAGAGUGUGAUCUAAAGAAAAGUAUGUGGAGGCUUCUUUGAAAUGAUUGCUGCUUAUAACAUCCAUUUCUUAAUUACCCCUGGAGAAGUGGAUCCCAGAUGACUACUUCAUUGAGCACUAGUGGAUAGUGUAAUUUGUGAUAUUUUGGGCUGCGUGCGCACACAAAAACCAACCCAGGACUGCCACUUAAAUUUAAGUGUUUAAUUUGAGUUAAAUUGGUCUACCAUAUUGAUUCAAAAUGGUGCCCUGCAUGCAAACAUAGUUGAAGACUAAUAUAUCCACCUCAGGAGUCCUCGUACCAAGUUUGGUGAUGAUAUAUUGAGAGGCAACCUGAUUGGUUGGAGCUGUCCCACAUUUUGGGCAAUGAUAUCUUCAGAGAUGUCCAAGUUGGUGAAGGUUGAAAUUGUCACCUCAAAUUUAAAAAAGACUUGCAGAAUGGGGCGAAAUAUCUUCAGAGGUGUCCAAAUGGGCAGAGCUAUUAUUAUUGUUGUUGUUGUUGGAAAAUUAUUGUCUGGUAGCAUUAAGGCAGAAACCUUAAGAGGGCACAGCUGCCACAUUGAGACAAUACAAUAUAACAAAUAUUAAAUACACAAUAGAAAUAAGAGCAAAAAUAAGAACAAAAUGAACCAAUAUGGCUUUGUGUACAGAUACUUGUAAACUGGAACUUAAUAUUUGUGUGCCUUGAAAGAUGGUGCACAUCAGCCCAAGAAACAUGUGAAGAGGUGAGAAGUCAUGGUGUGCACCAAGGCCUGGUUAAGGUGCUUGGGGGCCCUUGUGCAAUUCCCCAUACAGGGGUCCACUUCCCCAAAACAGAAUGCAGGUAAUGCCUUAUGGGUCACAAGAAGGCUGUGUCUUCCUUGCCACCAUGAUGCAAUAGGACCAUAGUUAAGAGCAAUACUGAGUUUCAGUUCAUAGUUCCUGAUAAGAGUCUAGGAGUGGCCCUUAAUUAUGGUUGGUAACACAACUGGACAUGGCACCAAAGCAGGGUGGAGUGAAUUCAUGUCCUACAAGAGGAAUGUACACAACGGCCUGGCCCACUGCACAAAUGGAUGUUAUUUGAUAUGUCUGUAAUUGCCCUGGUUGUACUAUAUAAAGAAAAAUAUUAUAACUGGGGCUGUAAUCCUGUGCAUAGUUACCUGGGUGUAACCUGGUUGAACACAGUACAAUUUACUUCUUAGUAAAUGUGCAUAGGAUUGCAGUAUUAGUAGAAAUAUAUUUAUGUUGUGGGGCAAUGCUUUGCUGUAAGCGAAUUUCCCUCUUGUUUGGUACCACAAUAUUGGCAUUGGCAGCUAGUUUGAAGUGUCAAGUUGAUCUCCAAAACUGGCAUGUAAUUGCUACUUAAACACUGAUUCCUGCAUGAUAUCCAGAUGUUGAGCACUAGAGUGCACUUGUUUUGUUCAAACAAACCAAAUGAAAUUGAAAUGGCUGUUACACUUUGAAAUAAAUUCAGCUAAUCACUUUGCUCUUUCUUUCAGACUCGAAUCAAUGUAUAUUUAUCACACUGCCCAGCUGGGACAUCUGUGCAGAACGUGCUUCACUGGAGUCAGGUAGCACCUAAAUCCUCAGGUGUUGGUACUGCCAACUUGCUUAGAUGACAACUCCCAUCAGCCAGGCCACACUGGCUGGGGUUGAUGAGAAUUGUAGUCCAGAACAUCUGGAGGGUUCUAGGCUAGUGAAGGCUGUGUGUCAGUAGCAUAAGGCUGGCCAAGAAGUGCCAUGAUCUGGGAGCACCUGGUGUUGAAUGUAGUUGCUGGUAAUUUCUUCAUGGCCUUGCAAAAACAAAACAGGGUUGGGGAAUCUUUUUGAUACCACAGGAGUUUUUUAUCAGGAUUAGUUUCAUAGGUCACAUUUAAAAGCAGGGUGGGGCCGCCUACCUGUCAAUUACCUGAUGUAGCAAUGGAGGAUUUCAAAGUGUGCUGCAAGGUGCAGAUGAAACUGAUCCCUCCUCUUUAUUUUCCCUGGAGAUUCUGAUGCAGACCUCUUGCUGAUCUGUUUUAACAAGUCUUUUAAGAGAAUCUCCUUUCUGAAUUGGGAAGGGAUUUGCAUGGAAUUCCAGCAAACUGAAUAGGAUUUUCACACCCCCCCCCAGCUGGCUUCAGCUGCAAUCUCAGCUGGAUAGUAGGUGGGAGACUUUGGGAGAAGUGUUUGGGCCAAACUGGAUCCCCUGGCAAAAUAAGAUUGCCUUGUGGCAUGGAAGUUCCUGGUCCCUGGUAUAUAUUUUGACUUACUUAAGUCCCCAUAAGUUUAAUCCUCCAUGAAAGAUUUGGAGGAUGGCCACAUAGGAACUGGCCAUUUUUCCACUAGCUUCCCAUUUGGGAAUGCUUUCCCCAGGGAGGCUCACCUAGCCCCUUCAUUAUAUAUCUUUAGGCACUGAGCAAAAACAUGCCUCUUCUCCCUGGCCUUUGGCUAAUUACACAACCUAUGGCCUCCUCCCCAGUGACCUCCUCCCCAGCCUGACCCUUCCAGAGAAGAAGAAGACAGUUCAGAAUUACAACAGGGGUUUGAGGGAGGUCACAGCUCAGAGGCAGAUGAGGGGGAAAGCUGGGAAAUGAUGGGAGACGUGGAGGGGGAAGAGGAAGCACCAGAGGGAGGACAGCUGACGGACACAAUGUGUUUAGAAAGCAUUCCAGACUCCCCUCUCUCCCAGAACCCAGCGAUCCUUGAAGGUAGUAGAGCAAAGAGCUCAGAAACAGAGGGCCCUCAGUGGCACCCGUAGGGAGAUGAUGACAAUGACAAAUGAAAAAAGGGGAGGGGGUGGAGAGUCACUCGGGACAACGCCAUUAUCCCAAAGAGGCUGUGUUCCAAGCCUCUCUCUGUAAAUAUUGAAUAAAAAGCAGAUGGUAAGAACUUUUUCUUCUCUUCUACGUUCCUCACAACCUGCCGUGCCUGUUGUGUCUGUGCGUAUUGUUUUGUUAUUAUGUUAUGUGCUUUUGUGCUUUUAUAUAGUAAACUGCACUAUGAUCCUCAGGUAUUUAUUGAUUAAUAAUUAACAGCAAUAAUAAUAAUUUCCCCAUUUAGUUUUUUCAAAAUAUGGUACACUUCUUUUUUCAGAAUAGGUGGAGUAAGGAGUUCAAAGGUUUUGACUGGGGUAGCAAGGAAGAGAACAUGGCUCACCACAACCAGGUAAGAAUUUUUCACUAAUUGCCAUCUCUUUCUCCCUCUUUCUCCUCCCCUCCCUCCCUUCUCUGUUUAUAUGAUGGUAGACAUUGGUAAGGUAUGGCAAAAGCUACUGAUGGCAAAGGCUGCUGUUCAUAUAAUACAUGGUGGAUAAAAUAUAGCUGCAAUAUGAAACAAAAUAGUUAAAGGUCAUAAUCUUUGACGUUUAUAACCAGGCUUUAUAUACACAAAAUGUAAUGAUAAUGAUAAUGAUGAUGAUUUAUACCCCACCCAUCUGGCAGUUUCCCCAGCCACUCUGGCUGGCUUACAUCACAUAUAAAAACAUAACAAAACAUCAGUCAUUAAAAAGUUCCCAAUACACAGCAGCCUUCUGAUGUCUUCUAAUGGCUGUGAUGCCCAUGAAUACGUUAACAAAUUCUAAUAUGUAAAUCUAUAAACUAUUUAUCAAAAUAAUAUAUCCACAAUUAUACAAUAAACCCUAAUAAAAAUAAAAUUUCUGUACAAUGCAUGAGAUGGUCUUAUACUUCUUUAAUUAUAUUAAUUAGAUAGCUGAUAUUGCUAUAUAAGAUAUUUUUAAUUUUUUUUAAUCAAACUUUCUGGAUAACUGAAAUACCAAACACAUUUUGGCAUUUUAUGCUUCUUCAGUGGACUAUUUUGCUAUGCAGUAUUCUGCAUGCAUGAGUUCAGUUUCUCAGUUUUGUUAAAAAUUGUAACUAAUAUCCAAAUAAACCAAUCACUUUAACUAAAAAUCUCACCAAACUAGAUCCAAAUAUUACCUUUGCUUGUGUCGUGGUCAAAAUUCAAUAUCUUCAGUCGGUACAGGUUUGCAAAAAAUGCAAUCAUCUGUUAAAGCAAUGCAUAUAACAUUAGAAACAUAUCUCAAAAAUAGGAACGUAUGAAAGUAAGUAAGUAAAUAUAAUGAGAAACUUACCAAUUAAAAUGUCUACACCGCGGGGAUCAUGAGUGAACUUAAGUGAAAGAAGCUAUUAUUUUACCCGCAAUAUUGCACUGUUGAUCUGAUUACAAUAGUUUCUAGCUCCAUUUCAUAGAAAUUCCCCACACUGUGUCAGGGGCGCAGCAUGAGGGGGCAGUGGGACCAUGGCUCUGGGCACACAAUUUUGAAGUGGCACAAAUCAGGCACCCCUAUGCAGAGAUUCCUGCCCUCUUUCUGGGGGUUUCUGGGCCCUGGAAUCUGGCCCAGCCUCACUGCUGUGUCCUUGGCCACCUCGCCCAGACAGCACAUGCUUGCUCCUCAGUCAGAUGGUGAACAGGUAACAACAACAACAACAACAACAACAACAACUUAUUAUUUAUACCCGCCCAUCUGGCUGGGUUUCCCCAGCCACUCUGGGCGGCUUCCAACAAAACACUAAAAUACAAUAACCUACUAAACAUUAAAAGCUUCCCUAAACAGGGCUGCCUUCAGAUGUCUUCUAAAUGUUUGGUAGUUAUUUUUCUCUUUGACAUCUGGCAGGAGGGCGUUCCACAGGGUGGGUGCCACUACUGAGAAGGCCCUCUGCCUGGUUCCCUGUAACAUGGCUUCUCGCAGUGAGGGAACCACCAGAAGGCCCUCGGCGCUGGACCUCAGUGUCCGGGCAGAAUGAUGGAGGUGGAGAUGCUCCUUUAGAUAUAUUGGACCGAGGCUGUUUAGGGCUUUAAAGGUCAGCACCAACACUUUGAAUUGUGCUCGGAAACGUACUGAGAGCCAAUGUAGGUCUUUCAAGACCAGUAUUAUAUGGUCUCGGCGGCCGCUCCAAGUCACCAGUCUAGUUGCCGCAUUCUGGAUUAGUUGUAGUUUCUGGGUCACCUUCAAAGGUAGCCCCACACAGAGCACAUUGCAGUAGUCCAAGCGAGAGAUAACUAGAGCAUGCACCACUCUGGCGAGAAAGUCUGCGGGCAGGUAGGGUCUCGGCCUGUGUACCAGAUGGAGCUGAUAAACAGCUGCCCGGGACACAGAAUUGACCUGCGCAUCCAUGGACAGCUGUGAGUUCAGAAUGACUCCCAGGCUGCGCACCUGGUCCUUCAGGGGCACAGUUACCCCAUUCAGGACCAGGGAGUCCUCCACACCCGCCCGGCUCCUCUCCCCCAAAAAGAGUACUUCUGUCUUGUCAGGAUUCAACCUCAGUCUGUUAACAGCCAUGUUGGCCGGCCAUGCUCCCCACUGUGCAGACAGGCAGCAGGAGGCACAGCGUGGCCCCACUUGGCUCUGGGGACAAGGGCUGGCCUCGCACGGUGGACUCCAUUCACCAGAAAAUGAAGCUGCAUUGCUGCAUUGUGUAAAUACAAUUGUGUUUUUAACCUGAAUUGUGUUCUUAACCUGAAACUGUUCUUAACCUGAAGCACCACUUUAGCUAAUGGGGGCCUCCUGCUGCCGCUGCGCCGCCGGAGCACAAUUUCUGUUCUCAUCCUGAAACAAACUUCUUAACCUGAAGCACUAUUUCUGGGUUAGCGGAGUCUAUAACCUGAAGCGUAUGUAACCUGAAGUGUAUGUAACCUGAGGUACCACUGUACAUAUUUACUAUAGGGAGUGGUCUCCAGAUUCCCUUGAAAAUAGCUUAUUUCUGUAUCAAAUGUAUAUGUAUCUCUCAGAUUUAAUAUGGGAAUGUAGGUUUGUUGACAAAUCUGCAAGAUGCCAGGUGUCUAUCUUCAGUCCCUUGUCAUAAAAUGAAGAUAUUGUCUACACUUUCCUCCGAGGGUCUUCUGCUGGUUACUUCACUGCGAGAAGUGAGGUUACAGGGAACCAAGCAGAGGGCCUUCUCGGUAGUGGUGCCCGCCCUGCAGAAAACCCUCCCUUCAUAUGUCAAGGAAAUACACAACUAUUUGACUUUUAGAAGUUUGAUGUUUUAUCAUGCUUUUGCUAUUCCCUUGGGAGCUACCCAGAGUGGCUGGCGAAACCAAGCCAGAUGGGCAGGGUAUAAAUCAAAUAAUAAUAAUAAUAAUAAUAAUAAUAAUAAUAAAUAUUAUUAUUAUAUUUUUAUAUAGCAAUAUGUCACCAUUAUACAGACUGCUUAUGUCCAGUAUGUAUGUUCCUUCAAAUUUAUCCAUAUGUAGAUUUGCUAACUCAGAUGUCUGCUUUGCAUGAUGAUAUCUGAAAUGUGCAAGAAGGAUCUCUUUUAAAACUGAAAUAAUGUUGAUUUGGUGCUCAUAUCACUAAUGCAAAAAUGAAAUGGGUUGUCCCUCCUUCCCUCUGUCUCUCUCUAUCUGCCUAUAUGUGUAUUACUUCCAUUUUGCUUAAAGGAUCCUCUAUCAUCAAUAUGACUUCCUCCUAUGGAAUGUUAGUAUAAAAUGCAGCUCCAUGAACACUUGGUUAUCAGAGAACGAUAUGAUAAAGGAAAUAAAUAGACAAAUUUUGUAUGCAACAACCUUCUUCGACCUAGUUCCUUCCAGAUGUUUUGAAGGACAGCUCCCAUCAACCCAGGAAAUAAAGCCAAUUGGCUGCGAUGAUGGGAAGAUGGGAAUUAUAGUCCAAAACAUCUGAGGGCAUAGGCUUGGGAAAGCUGGCCCUUUGAAAUAUAGAAUAAUUCUUAUUGUCAGGUUGUGUUGGCUCUCAUAGUUUGACUUAGUGUCACAUACAAAACAGCUCAUUUCCUCAGAAUGCACAAAAUGCAGCACAUUCCACAAAACCUGAUUGAGAUUAUGCAAAAUGGCCAGAGAAUGUACAAAGGAUAGUCAAUAUAUGCACAUUGUUCAAAGCCUGUUGGAAACCGUGUAUAUUUACCAGGAAAUGUGAACAAGUUCCUUUUCAUGGAUGAUGUGCUUAUUCUCCACAAUGCAUCUUAAAUCUGCACAAUGUCCAGUUGUUAUGCACUUUAAGUGCUCAAUUUAUAGUCCCCUUAACAUAUUUGUUAUUGUUGUUUAGUCAUUUAGUCGUGUCCAACUCUUCGUGACCCCAUGGACCAGAGCACGUCAGGCACUCCUGUCUUCUACUGUCUCCCGCACUGUCCAACCACCUCGUCCUCUGUCGUCCCUUUCUUCUUGUGCCCUCAAUCUUUCCAAACAUCAGGGUCUUUUCCAUGGAGUCUUGUCCUCUCAUGAGGUGGCCAAAGUAUUGGAGCCUCAGCUUCAGGAUCUUCCUUCCAGUGAGCACUCAGGGCUGAUUUCCUUCAGAAUGGAUAGGUUUGAUUUUCUUGCAGUCCAUGGAACUCUCCAGAAUCUCCUCCAGCACCAUAAUUCAAAAGCAUCAAUUCUUCGGCGAUCAGCCUUCUUUAUGGUCCAGCUCUCACUUCCAUACAUCACUACUGGGAAAACCAUAGCUUUAAUUAUACGGACCUUUGUUGGCAAGGUGAUGGCUCUGCUUUUUAAAAUGCUGUCUAGGUUUGUCAUUGCUUUUCUCCCAAGAAGCAAGCGUCUUUUAAUAGCAUGACUGCUGUCACCAUCUGCAGUGAUCAUGGAACCCAAGAAAGUAAAAUCUCUCACUGCCUCCAUUUCUUCCCCUUCUAUUUGCCGGGAGGUGAUGGGCCCAGUGGCCAUGGUCUUAGUUUUUUUGAUGUUGAGCUUCAGACCAUAUUUUGCGCUCUUCUCUUUCACCCUCAUUAAAAGGUUCUUUAAUUCCUCCUCACUUUCUGCCAUCAAGGUUGUGUCAUCAGCAUAUCUGAGGCUGUUGAUAUUUCUUCUGGCAAUCUUAAUUCCAGCUUGGGAUUCAUCCAGUCCAGCCUUUCGCAUGAUGAAUUCUGCAUAUAAGUUAAAUAAGCAGGGAGACAAUAUAUAUGUGUUUGUGUGUGCGCGAGCGUGAGCACGUGCACAUUUGUUUUGAUCAGGAAAUUUUUUGCAGAGUCCUAACUUAUAAAGUAUUUUUUAAGUAUUUGUUAUUUCCCCCUCUCUUUUAGGAAACAGCACCUUUCUAUGAUAUUAAACAAAUGACUAUUCCAACAGCUUUCUGGAAUGGUGGAAACGACUGGGCUGCAACUACAAAGGAUUUUGCCCUGCUGCUGCCUCAGGUCUCAAACCUAGUUUACCAUAAGUUUAUUCCUGACUGGGCACACCUGGAUUUCAUCUUGGGCUUUGAUGCCCCACAGCGCAUGUAUAAAGAGAUAGUUGAGUUUAUGCAGAAUUAUCAGUGA